GCGUUUGGCCUUGCGGAGCUUGACAAGGGCAUCCUGUAUGCCUUCAUCUGUUUUCUGUACGUUGGUUUGGAUGGAGGUAAUCAUGGGGCCCUGCUCCUCCACCAGCAUUGCAACAUCAAGGAAAAUCUCAUGGAUGCCUUGGAUGCGGUUUUCCAAGUCCAACAGCUCCUGGUGCCGUUUCUCAAUCUGGGACAGAGCUGAUCGUGCCGUUUUUCCCUCAGACAUGAUGUUGUCAUUGAAGAUGUUCCACUGGCCUUGCUCAAUCAUCUCCUCCACCUGCUCUCCAGUGACCUCUCGCCCCACUAUCUCCAUCUGCCUCUGGAUCUGAGCUUUACAGUUCUCUCGAUGGCUCAUCUCAGCCUCAUUAUAGUCAAACAUGGCAUCCCGCAAACCAUUGCUGAGGCCGGCAUACUGGGUUCUGGCGAUUCGUGUGAUGGCAGAAUGUGGCCCAUGGGCUUCUUCCAGCUUGUGGGCUGUACCUUCAAUUUCUUGCAGAUGAUUCAGCACCCCCUCUGCCCGAGAUUUUAUGUCAGCACCGAUAGCAUUGGAAUCCCUUUUGAUUGUGCUCAUGGUGGUGACGCCCUGAGUUAUUCGCGAGUUCUGCUCACGAAGCCUUUUGACAUCAAGACGGAUGAGCUGGAUCUCCCUUUGGACUUCCUGCGACUGGGAAAAGACUUCAUCCAGAGCAGGGCUGUUGUCAAACACGACUGCUUCAUGUGGCAGCUCUUCUUCCAAGUCCACGUUGCUGAAGGAGUCAGAGACGGUGGUCUCUGCAAACUCCAUUUGCGCCACAUGGCCGUUAGACAUUUCCUGGAGGUGGCUCAGUCGGUCCCUCAUGAUUUGGCUGUAGAUCACAAAGUGAAGGCUUAGGGUGUUAAGAUGAUCCACUCUCUAUGGUUAUUCUCCCUCUUAGAUCACACAUUGGUGACAACAACUCAUCAAAGAAGGCUGAUCUGGAAGAUAAACAAAAAUCUUAAGCAAAUUAAAUGUGAAGAAAAGAAGAGUAAAUUCAAGUUCCAAACAGAAAACAAUCCCUUAAUUUGCAAGUUUAAACACACCCGGUAUCUAUUUUAAGCUGUCAUGCCUGUGUAAAAGCCUUUCCUCUUUCUUUCAGCUCUUACCCACCCAGCACUGGCAUAACAGGUUCUCCGAAGAAUAGUCAGAGGUGUUACUCUCCACCAAACUAGUUCUGUAAAUGUGUGAUGCAUCUGAAGUCUUUCUCCAGACAUCUAUUUAGACUUUUAAUCUCACAAGCAUCAACAGAUUAUGUGCAUCAGAUACAAGAAUAUCUCAGUACUCUACCUCAAAACAACCUUUUUAUAUAUAAAAAAGAGUAAAUAAAUCAAUAAAAGGGCACAAAUCAAAAUCUACUGACGCAAAAGCCUCCAGACUUUGUGAAAGCUGUUGUCUCUUCCUGUUUCUAGCAGAGUGAUAAUCUUGAUAAGAAAUGUCAAGAUGAAAUCUAGUGGAUAAACUGUCAAAUUUCAGAUAUGUUUAAAGCCUCUGAAGUACUGCAAGGUUUGAUAUAUGAUCACUCACUAUAAUUAAUAGCCCUUCAAAACAGUCUUUCAUUGUAGGGGAAAAACCUAAUUUUGACAUGCUUUCAAAUACUUUCAGGUAACCACAAUCUUGGAGCUUGAAUGUUUAAUAAGGGUUUUAAGUUAUUGUUCGCAUGGUAGACUACAAGAUUCACGUUAUAACAUUACACAUUAUGUUAGAAUAAAGCUAGAUUAUAAAUUCUAGGACCCAAGAACGACACACGAAUUUAAGCACAUAUUUUGGCAGACCAAAGCACACGCUAAAUAAACGGUAAUCGUGUCUUUGGCAUCCGCAUAAAGAUUUAUCAAUGUAGUAGAUGAUUAAAACAUAAAGUUAAACCUCCGUACCUGUUUAAUCUUCCUCAGACCUUUUCUUGCGACGUUAGAGGAACAUGGUGCCACAGCUCCAUUUUGGAGUUAUCACCAAGUCUACCUCUCUAGGAUGCGAGCAUUAACAAAGGGCCCAACGUGCGAAAUGUAGCUAUCUUUGGAGCUGGUAUUCAGUUGUGGUUUUGUCAGAGUGAAGGAUUGCGCCACAUCGUGCAACUGUGAUGACGUGAUUUCAGGAAUGAAGAACGGUUGGUUUGGCCUCAGAGGAGCGUCGAUUGAAUAGGACGGGGCUAAAAUAGAUGCUGUGCACUGAGGAGUGCACGUUUGAACUCACUUGGCAUUUUGCCGAAUUAAGAAGUCACUUUUUAAAAGGCGAAAAGAUAAAGCACAAGAUAUAGGUUUUGACAGCAAUUUUACUCAUACGCAGGCGGUGGACCGCAGUCCCUAUAGCUACAUGACUCCAGUUUGCAGUGAUAGUCUUCAUGGAGGCAGACCCAGGCGCAGGUGAAAAUACGUCAUGUUUAAAACUAACCUCACUCCGAUAUGAUUUUCACUGGCACGCCCAAACGGCUGUGGAAUUCUUUUAAACGGCAGUGCCCUCUUUCCUUGAGGCUUUUUACGAGGAGGGGAAUAAACACAGAUAUGUGCGGGUGUAUGGGGCAUUAUAUUUGGGGGGCAAAGAUAACUAAAACUAACAGGAAAGGGCGUCUCAAAGCCCCUCUCCCUCUCUAACGAAAUAAACAAAUGGUUGAAUGUUGGUGCUGACUGAGUUUGGUGAUUGUAUGGUUUGUAGGCAGAGAGAAAAAAAUAUAACUCCAAAUGAAGUAAAGUGCCCACCGUACGGAUGUAUCUUAUUUCAAGUACUUUGGCCACUUUAAAAGAAGCACUCCAAUUCCAUAUAAUUUGAUUACAUUUUCUGUAAGUGGCCAACAUACAUUUGAGACGUGUUUACAUACUGAUAGACUUCCUUUCAUAGCUACCUCCUUGGGACUACUAUCAUGCUACUAAUUCUAUAUUUUCAGCUCACUUUGCCUGGGCUGCGAUGCUGUAAAAUGUUUACCAUUCGAAGUUGGAAAAUAUACUUAAUAUUAUCAGCAUAAAGCCCAAAGUUUCAGUCACAGUGAGUCCUCCAAACUUCUAAUGGGUCAUAAGCACAAUGGAAGUACAGCGGGGAUGUCACACAGUGGCAAUGAAGAGUGGAAACUUAUUUCUGCAUGGUGACAAUCAGCUGUCGCUGUGCCUAACUGGUAGGCAAACUAAAUGGAAACGUGUGAUUCAGCAGUGUGAGUAUCAUGAAGAUAAAACGUACAACAAUCCUAAGAGAAAAUAUUUGUGCUUGAAAUUGAAUCAAAAUAAAAACAAACAAGAGAAAAAAAAUCCAGAUCUACCAACAGGAGUUUAAACAAAGCUUAAAAAAUAGGCAAUCUAGCGAACUUCGAGACUUUCCCCAGCUCCGUGUGUGAUGUGUAGCACGUGUAGACGCGUGCUCAAUCUCCCAGGGCUGCUACUUUCAAGUGUGCCUCGUAUUUUUUCAAUGUGAAACAAAAACACACGCGUUCGUAUCAAACGAGCCCCAUUUCUUAAAUAUAUUGUAUACUGUGGUUUUUUUUGUGGCGAUACAGCCAACUGCGUCUUGCGGUGACUUUAGGAAACAGAUAAUUGUUUUAACAUUGUUUGGUCAAUCGGAAAAUGCCUAAGUUCUGAAAUCCUACAAAGGUUUUAAGCUUGAUAGUGCCGUUUUCCAAACGAAAAGAUGAAUUCUGUUUUGCUUUAUUUAGAGUUUUGUUUUACCAGUAUUAGUAUUUAUUGUUACAUUUUUUGUUUUCGCCGUUGUCGCACUCUGAAACUAAAAUUUCCGACUGUAAUUGGAGACAACGUGCCUCCAUCAGGACCCUGUUACCACCACAACUUUCUUCUACACUCCCCCAGAGGUUGCAACUGUAGGUAACACCGCUGUUUGCCAGAGCAGGGUAACAUACCAACUACCAAGACUUGAGUAAAAUUGAGGAGAGAAUAGCUAUGAAGUUGUCUAUAAUUCGCAGUGCCUGUGGCAGCCACCGCAUACAUCCAGUCAGUUCAGGAAGCAGGGUCAGCGGCUUGUCGCGAAGAUGCCUACCGGUGGGUCCUGCUAACAGCCGGUUGAUCCUCCGGACGGCCAGCGCUUCUUCUGGCGGAGGCACUAGUCCCAAAAUAGCCGUCAACUUUGUAAGAAAGUCGCAGUCGGACGAUGGGUUUGAAUUCGACAGUUCUCUGCGGUAAGAAAUGUGUACAUCUAAGGUGUUGCAUACAUACACAUAGGUUAAAUACUGCAGUCUUUGUGUAAUUUAUUACCAAAACUGACAGAGUUGGACCUUAAAAAACAUCACGUGUUUAUUUCACGUAUCACGUAUUAUUUUCUGCCCAACUUCAGCCGGUAACCAUUGUCAGCUACUUCCUAUGUAACUGGCGACGUUUCAGACGCAGCCUCUUCUGCACGUGCAUCAGAUGGUCUCCUGCCAGCUGAUGUAACUUUUCUCUGCUGUUGCCCAACACGUGAAGAUGAAAUGAUUACCGAAUUCAAAAUGAACGUAUCUGAAAACUUCUAUCAGGAAACGGGGCCGUUUUAAAGGGUUUGAAUAACGUUAUGCAGCUUUAGCAUCACUGCAUGCAUGUUAGCCAAGGCCUCAUGUUUUGUAUUGUUGGGGAUAUGUUCUGGAAAGUAGUCGGGGCAUUUUAACAAUGACUACAAAACCGUGCCAAACUGAAAAGAAAUGAAGAUAACUUUUAAAGGGAGGAUGUAAAAGGUAAAUGUUUACAUUGUAUGUCGUAAGUAGGUCAAUAUGUUAACUCUAUUCAUGAUUACAUUAGCCCCGCCCUCAUAUUAUCACGUUCUUGGAAAGGUGGUCAAUGGAUGUAACUUAAUCUCAUAUCUGUACUGUCUCUAAGUGGUAUCUGUUUGUCAUAUCGCGGUAUUAUGGAUCCAUGGUAUAUUGUUAUUGGGGUAAGAUUGCUCCAUUUGAAAUGUGUUUUGUGCCGUUGAAAUGAGGAUAAUAAUUUCAGCAAAAUACUUGUAUUUGUAAACGGGAAAUUAUUUAGUUUGAAUAAAAAAUAAGGACUUUUGAUACGCAGAGCAGAGCACAACCAAAGACCCUUAUUGUUUUUAAAUUAUAAUUUUAUGAUUAUAUUGAAGUUCCAAUUGUGGUCAACUUCUCUAUGGAAUAUGUCUUUGUAUAAUCCUGGGGAAUACGGUAUCCUACAUGUGUUUAACCUGACCUUUUUUGCACAAAAUAAAUUAAUGGGCAUUGCUUAUGGGUUUAUUUUCUUCCACAGAGAAGUGGUUGAGAGCACCAAGGAGGCAAUGGUGUCUUUACAAAGAAAAAAUCCCACAGUCCAGCCAUUGUUAGCCAUUAUACAGGUAUGGUUUAAUAGUUUACAUGGUGUAAUUUUAUAAAAGGUGGCCUUCUGGUGCAAAGAGUCUAAAGCCAAUUCAACUGGGAUAAGUUGUGUUGUAACAGUUGUUGACUGAAUACGUCUGCCUUACUUUUAUUAACCUUUAACUUGAGGGUUAUCUGCUUUAUCUGUAACUGUUUAAAGUUUCCUUUUUUAAUUAGGUCAGUGUUGACUUUUAUUUUGAAGGCAGGUGAAGAUGACAGCUUGUUGGAGAUCAACAAGAAAAUGGCUGGCAAGGUAAUAAACUUGCCUUGAAUGUAUAUCUUUAUCUAAACACUAUAUAUUUGAGCUUUUUACAAACCCAAAUUGUUCAUCCUCUCCUUGUUUAUGUGUUCACAGAUUGGCUUAAACGUCACACAGAUUUGUUUAGGGAAGGACUGCAGUAGUGAUGAAGUAAGUCAAGGUGACUCACAUUAUUGGUGUAUUGCCCUCAGUGGUUUUGAGCCAGAGUAAAACCUCCUACUCCUAUCCACUUACUCAUUGUAAUGGAAGUGAGUGCAUAAUUUACCACUCCCUUAGCUUUUUUCUGUGCAGCAUGUAGUGAUUGUGGUUGAAUAAAGUGUAGAGUCAACCAGCACCUCACACAUUUUUGUGACUCUGCUUAAUGACUAAAACUUAAUUUUUCUAUUGACCCAGUACAUACUUAAAGCUUUCUUUUUGACUUAAUAAAGCCUCUAGCAUCCAGUGAUUUCUUAAUCCACAGUGACAGAAAAAGCUCAGACACAUGCAGUGACAUGGAAUGAUUAUCUUUACACUAAUCGAUGUCUGUACUUGAGGCUUUGUCAGUUGCGUGACCUGCUACAGUUGAAGUGUUUUUUUUUCCUGUUUACUCUAUACAUUUAUUAUGCAUACUCAGUACUCAUGUUGAAAAAAAUGGUCAAAAUCAUCCCCUUUUUCCAACCCUUGAGCCAUUAUUAUAAAUGAAUGUGGAAAUAUUACCACUGGUUUAACAUUGGAAAUAUUACCACCGAUUUGACAUUUAGGGGGCUUUGCACAUAUUUAGUAAAAUGAGCAAUGAUACCUAUGGGCAAUAAUGACACUUUUUUUUUUAAUGACAUUAGUAAGGGGCGUAGCAGCACAGGUAAAGCCAUGUCAGCAUCAUGGCCAAGCAACAUGGACAGCUCGAUCAAAGGGAUAAUAUAAUGCAAUAAUUAUCUUUGUGCUUUUACAACAAUAAGAAAUGUACACAGUUCGUUUCCCACCAUGUGCUUUGCCAUCAGCACAAAAUAUCUGUCCCAAACAAUAAAAACCACCAUAUCCCUUGAAUUUUCUUUCACAACUCAUCUACUGUUCAUACCUAAUUCAUAAGGUAACAAUAUGGUAUUAACUUUAACAGGUGAGAAUGGGAGUAGGCUAUAAACAGAUAAAUCUCAUGCUAAAACAUCUGUUAUUAACAAUCAAACAUGUUACUUUUUUACUGCUGCUCUGCUGUUAAGUCAUUUUUUUUGCAUGUGUGUGUGUUUGUGCACAUGUAUAGAUUGUGGAGGAGGUGCUGAAGCUCAAUGAAGACCCCCGGGUACACGCAGUCUACCUCCACCUUCCCCCUGCUCAACUCACCAGUCGAGUGCUGAACACACUAAAGCCUGAGAAGGAUGUAGAAGGGUACAAACAUGCACAUAGUAUUUCAAACUACUCAGCUUUCUGCUUUCACUUAGAGAGACAACAAUAUGUUAUCCAUGUACACAUGCUGUUUAAGUUCGGUGUUUUAGUUUACAGUAGUUUUUCCUUUCACAGAUAUUCUAUUUUCCCUUCAAAAGUUACCUCAUGUGUGAUUUUAUAUUCAUGCAGUGGUCUUUUUAAUCAAAAGUCUGCCAAGUCGUAAUUGUGUGGUUUCUCUGCCCACAGAGGGAUAAGAGUUCUCACAUGGUGUUUUACAUUUGGGUCUAAUAUGAGAGGGAUGCACAGAAUUAUGACUGAAUGACGAUGCAGUGUGUGCCUACAGCAGCUAAUUACUUACACAAUUAGAAAGGCACCCUAAGUAAUCAGGGUAAUGCGGUAAUCAGUAACAGGUAUAAUUACCUCUGCCAAGGAGGUUCUGUUUUUGGUAGCAUUGGUUUGUUGGUUUGUUUGUUGGUUUGUUUGUUUGUCUGUUAGCAACUUUACGGAGAAAGUUACAGACGGAUUGACCUGAAAUUUUCACCAGAGGUCUGUCUCAGCCCCAGGAGGAUCCCAUUACAUUUUGGUGGUGAUCCGGAUCGCCUUCUGGAUCCAGGAAUUUUUUGAAGGAUUCUUUAUCAUUGUGAGAUAGGGCAAAUUUUGGAAUUUUUGCAUUUAACUCUAUAAAAGUAGCCAGAGUUUUUUGUAAAAAAUUACACAAAAUGAUCUCAAUGAGUUUUAUGAGGUGUCAAAGGUUGAUCCAGAUCCAGACAAAAUUCCGGAUACUGUGAGCUGCUUGGCGGAGGUCUGCGUUCUCAGAGUGCUUUUCUAGUUUAUUUAUGCAUUUAUUUAUUUUUGAACGUAUAAUGCAUUUGAAAUGUCUGAUUGUAUUGAUGAAACAUCACAUUAUAAUACCUGACCUUGUAAGUCAUGAUGAAAUGCUUUAUGUGUUAUGAUUAUUGCUAUAAAGCAUUAUGAUCAUUUAUGAGUGUUUAUAACUACACUUAUACAGUGCUAUAACGUGAUCAUAAAGCAGUAUACAUAUAUUUAUAAUGCGUUAUAGAGAUAGGCAUCAAGUAAAGUGUUAACUAAUGUCUUUAUGUCAAUUUGGUCUUGUGUCAGGAUAACUGAUUUAAAUGUGGGCCGUGUGGUACGAGGAGACCUGAGCAAAGGUUUUGUGCCGCCUUUGGGCAGUGCUGUCCUGGAUCUGCUGGAAAAACAUGGUGAGUUUCUGGGAAGAGCUCUAUAGUAUCAAAUAGCAUGGCUGUAAUUAUUACUUGAAAAUUACCUAGCAUUUAAAUAAUUAGAAACUUGCAGUGACUCGUUAAAGAAAAAAUUAACAAUGGGAUAUUUUUAGCAGUAACAGUCCUGUUUCUGAUCUUUAAAACAAUGACUUUGCUUUAACAUUGCAUGUGUAUCAAAAGCAUUGUGUGAACUUAUUAUAACUGUGAACAGUAAUGUGCAGCCUAUACAUUCUAACUAAAAAUGUUAUGAAAAAGUUGUGAUAAUACAUUUUGUUUUCUUUACAGCCAGAUAAAGUCCAUGAACAGUACUUUAAAUCAAAAUUAGUACUUCUCUCAUGACACUUAAAGCUGCCAUUUAAGAAAUGGUUGCUGCAUAAACUGCUGCAAUAGUUUAUGUUUCUGAAUGUCAUUUGAUCUGUUUUAAUACACUUUUUUUCCGUUUUGAAUUUUAACACACCUUGUGUUUCUAUCUCAAUGAUACUCUGUAAAGAAUAACUAAUAAUAAAGAAUAAUUUCGCACUAUGAGUCGCACUUAAAAUCCUUUUGGCUUGUCGGAGCACUGCAGCCACCGUAGCCUUGCAGAGUUAUUGAAUGAGUUAAAUAAAGUUUGACUUAUCUGACUGUUUUUUUUGGCUUAAUGAGCUUUAUAAUCCGGUGCGCCUUAUGUAUGAAAAUAGACGCGAAUAGACGCUUUCAUUGAUUGUGCGCCUUAUGAUCAGGUGUGCCUUAUAGUGUGAAAAAUACGGUACAGUUUUUGAGCAAAUACAGAAGAGUUAAAAUGCCAUAAUCUAAGUGAGAGAGUAUCUGCAGCAAAUUCCAAACCUCAGUGCACCAAAAGGAUUUCAGUCAAAGACACAAGAAAAGACCUGACUCACCACCACAGUUUGAGACUCUCACUGGGGUUCAGAGGGCACGGGUCAAAGUUCAGGUGUAAGUUAUGUCAUAGUUAUUCAGAGUUCCCUUGUAGCAAGACAGGGUAACUUAUGUCAUGCAGUUUUUGAAAGAACAUGUUGGUUAGAAAAUGAUAAAUAGUUGUCCAGUGGCAGCAGUCGUAGUUGUAGAGGAUGUAAGAAGGGAAUAACAUUUACUAACAGUAGAUUAGAAGUGUACAAAGUAGUUUAACACGAUGAGUUAAUGAUGGCAACAGUUACGUAAAUUCUCCUUCGCACAUUGUGCAAUUAAUAAAUAACCCACAUUUAAAUCAACGGCCUAAGCAUUUAAUACAAACUUUAAAUGUCUGGCUGUAACUGAAAAUAACCAGCAGUUGUUUUAAUAAUGUUUUAAAUGUGUUCUUCAGACACUCCUUUGGAUGGGAAAACUGUGCUACUGGUUGGAGAAGAAGAACCCCUGGGUGUCAUGCUGCAGUGCCUGAUCGGAAGAAGUGGCAUGGUAGCACUCAAGAGUCACUGGAGCUCCGAGAGCCUACAGAGACAAGUAGGUUUGUGUAUAUGUGAUGAGUGAACUUUAUUUUUCACAAAGUCUGUAUUUUUUGUAUGCCAGUUUACACCCAUAUGCUUCCUAUGCGCUGGUUGGCAUAGCAGGUUCAGUGAAUUCAGUGUAUAUAAGCCAUAGCCCUUGUCACAGAUGUUGCUGGUUCAACCCUCAACCAUGUCUCUUUCCUGCAUUUCCUCCCCACAUUUCUUGUCUCUCUUCAGCUGCCAAAAAGCAAACAUGCCAGGAAAUAUAAUGUAAUAUAUCAAUAAUAGCAUGAAAGAAGUUUUGGUGUGUCCUUUGUUUGUGGUCAUGGUCUUCUUUAUAUUUUCCCUUCUUUUUCUUCUUCUUCUUCUUCUUCUUCUUCUUGAGUUUCUAAUAUUAUUUAUUUGGAAAUACACAUCCCAAGAAAAGCCAAAGUUAAAUAAAAAGAGCCCAAAUUUCAAUCAACUAAUCUAUUGUCUUAAUAAAUGGUUGCACUUAAACUUUUCAUUUAUGCAGUUACAGUGAUUAACCACUAAAAGUCAGUGUUGGCUCUUCCAAAUACAACAUCAGUCAUACUCUUAAACACAGCUCUUUAUCAUUGCACCCUUUAGUACAAUGUGAUGCAUUUCUUCAUCCAGUAAACCAAAACAAAACACAGACAGAGGAGAAAAUCUAAGUAAAAUUGAAAGAACAUUAUAUGGCCCCCUUUUUAUUUGGUUUUGUGGAUUCAUUUGUCAUUAGUUAUUUUUGUCAGUCAUACACAAACAACAAGCACUGCUCUGCAUCAUCACACUGUUAAACUCAUCUCCCUCUAAACUCCUAUUGUUUCGGUGCCUCUCUAUCUUUAUCCCAUAGGUGAUGCAGGCUGACGCUGUGGUGCUGUUUGGAGCAGGUAAUAUGGAUAUACCUCCUUCAUGGAUUAGACCAGGAGCUGCUGUCAUCUGUUGUGAGUAUAUUUUCUUUCAUUUUCAUUACAAUCAGUUUGCAUCAGUUUGAAGUAUACUUAAGAAAAAAUUACACUUUUUGGCAUUGCAUCAUGAUUAUUUAAACUGAAACAUUUAGAAUGGAAUCAGUGAGUUUAUAGCAUAAAAAUAUAUAUUUUCAUUUCAAUUCUAGAUAAUGCAAAUGUGAUGCCUUCAAAGUCUGGUUUAGAAUACCUCACAGCAGCUUACAGGACACAGGUUUGUCUCUUUAUUUCUGUCCAAGCUUUCACUUGUUUUGCAAAUGACAUUCUCUGUUAACCCAUCCAUUCUUUCAUUACUUUCUUUAUCUCUACUUUUUGUCUACUAGAAUGUGGUGCGUGGCUGUAGCCGGUGGCUCCAGGAUCAGCAGUACCAACCCUGGUGUCUGCGUACCCUCAAACUGCAGCCUCUGACCCCUGUGCCAAGGUGUGAGCUAGUAUCAGUGAUGUUAAGAAUUGAGCAUCGAGCAGUUGUUUGUGAAAAGUGCACUUGAAGCCAGUGAUUUUGUCAGAUUUUCCAGCUGUUAGAUAUAAACAACUUGUGGUCUCAUAUUACACUCUGCUAUUAGGGUGGUAUUUUACAUUUCAAGCAUGUUUCAUUGCAAGCCAACUGGCUCAAAGUGUUGCACACAGCAGAGAUGGUCAGCCAGGAUGUGCAGCUGUGUACCAGGUUUUAGUGUGCUCUAUUUGGAGGGUACUGAUACAUAAAAGCUUCCACUAACAACCAAGACAUAGAGGUUGAGAAUGUCUGAGAUUUUUAACACUAGCAGAGCUGGUAUGCCAGUCAAUGUGCACACCACACAUCAGUGCCUUCUGAGCAGGUGUUUUCUGCUGACUGAUUGUGACUCAGUUGUACUGACAUCCAACCAUGUGGACGAGUUUAUUUUCUUAAUUAGAAAGAUGAAUUAUAGUGAAUUCUUUGAAUCUGUAUCCAGAUGUAUGAAUGACUGAAUUGAAUUUAACCACAUCUACCUGAAUCUAUUGUGUCUGUGCUGACACUAUAUCCAAGCGCUCUAAGAAUAAGGCUAAAAUUGUGUGAGACUUUGUGCAUUUAUGCAAUUCAUUAAAGUCAAAUGUGUUUGAAUAUCUUGAUCCUGUAUCCGUCAGUGACAUAGAGAUUUCUAGAGCUCAGACUCCCAAACUAGUGACCCAGCUGGCUGAAGAAAUUGGUUUGCUGCCUGAAGAGCUUGAAGCCUAUGGCAGGAGUAAAGCUAAGGUCGGACUCUCUCUGUUAGACCGCCUCCACACACAGCCUGAUGGAAAAUAUGUUAUAGUAGCUGGGUGAGUAGAACCUUUUGAUUUACUCACUAGUUUGUUCUUUAUCGUAAAACGUCAUUGGUAUUUAAAUUAAGAUAGAAAUAAAGUUGGCCUCAACGCUGAAUAAAUGUGAUUGUGUGACAUAAACAUGUUUAAUAUGAUGUAUUCUUACAUUGAAAAUGUACUCUUUACUUAGCAUAACUCCCACCCCUUUGGGUGAAGGUAAAAGCACGGUGACCAUCGGCCUUGUCCAGGCUCUGUCUGCACACCUUAAGCUGAACUCAUUUGCCUGCCUCAGACAGCCCUCCCAGGGACCCACCUUUGGGGUUAAAGGUAUGAAUACCAAGGUCCUUGUUGUUUUGUAUAUUACAUGUCAUCAAUCGUACAGUGCACUCUGCUGUACUCCCAACUUCAUGGUACCAGUCAAACAAUACAGUUACCGCUUAUCUGGAUGGCUUUUUUAAGAAUCUUCAAGUAGUUUGCAAGGAAACUCUAUGGUGAACACCAGCUUUGGUUGCAUUCUUAAGAAGGAUUCAGAGUCAAAGACGGAUUUUAUUUUUGACUGAAACUUUUUAUUGAGCUCUUACUCCUCUUGAAUGCUUUUCUGUACAAGGUAAGAGACAGGGGCCCCAAAGCAUCAGUUAAAAAUGUUUCAAGUAACUGUGUGAUAAGCUAUCUUUACCAGCAUGAGGCUUGUGUCUCAAAUCCUGCUACAUUUAGUCUUGGGGUGGAGUGGUUCACUCAGUCCAGCGCCCAGCAUUACUCUUUUGUCUGCCUCUGACUGUGCUGCCUCUUCUCUGUACCCAGGGGGAGCUGCAGGAGGAGGGUAUGCCCAGGUCAUUCCGAUGGAGGAGGUAAGACACACAGAUGCUUGCAGUUCUUCCUCACAGGACAAGCUCAGGCUUCAAAGGCCUGAGACAUGAUGAAACUCACACUAGUUUGCAAGUAAACACAAAUGUAUGCACGCAUAUUCAACCCCUGGAGCUGUGGCAUAACGUGGCAUAACAUGUGACGAAAGAGACUGAAUGUGAGACAGGGUGGGAAAAGGGAGUGUUUAAGGCACAGACACAUGGCCUUGAAAAAGGGUUACUCCUUGCCUUAUAUCAAAACACUCUUUAAUGUUUUUCUAUUCAGUACUCCUCUUUGUCUCUUUUCUGCAAUUUCCUUUAAAUUAUAGAGCUCAUAUUACACAGAGAGACAAACAGACUAUUUUUUCAAAUAUUUUUGAAUACCUGGGGGACAGAGUUGAACCUGGGAAAAGUGUAGCUUGUUUGAAGUGAGUCCAUACUAUGUGAGUACAGCCAUUUAGCCCUCAUUGUCAAAGAGUUUGUUUUCACUGGGGCAUGUAAUCCAACAAUAUACACCACUGUGAAACAUUACUGCUAUUUCUUGUUUCUUAUCCCUCCAUUCUCUGUCUCUGUAUUUUUUCCCUUCUUCUCUCUUUCUUUUUUGUCUCACCCUUCAGUUUAACCUCCACCUGACUGGUGACAUUCAUGCAAUUACAGCAGCCAAUAACCUGCUGGCAGCAGCCAUCGAUGCCAGGAUGCUUCACGAGGCUACACAAUCAGACAAGGUGACUGUUUGAUGAUGACACCAGAUGAAUCUAAUUCAGUUCAACUUAUAUGAUUGAAUCUUUUUUUGGCCUGAAACUUUGAAAGAUAAAAUGCCAGUUUUUCUGGUAUUGCACAUGCUUCAAGGCUUCAUUCUAUGUCAGUGUUAUAUUCCAAGAGAUUUAAGAAAGUGCAUUUGCAUUGUGGUAGAUGUGAAUUUAUCUAUAAAAUUACCAGUUCAAUAACUCGUUUUGGUAUCCAGGGCUUAGGAAUUACACAUUCCUGACCCGUGUCUAACACAUCAACAUACAUCAGACAAAUUAUUUCAUGAUGUAACUUUAUCUUUACAGAACAGCUUCAACAUGCCAAAGAGACAAUAAACAUUCAUUUAUCCUUGUAAGAGCAUGAAGGAGUUGCGAUGAGCCAUCACAACCUUGACAACAGCUGCUGUUGUGCAUUUAGUGUGACUUAUUCCAAUGAGAGACAUAUUUGUGUUGUGUUUAUGCUGAAAUCUAUUGAACUUUUUAUACACAUAACCACUCAAAUGUAAUGUCGUUGUUUUGCUCUAUACUUUCUAGGCUCUGUUCAACAGGCUGGUCCCUUUAGUGAAUGGAGUGAGAAGAUUUUCCCCUAUUCAGAUCUCCAGGCUGAAUGUAAGUCUGAUCCCUGCAAAGCCAAAAUCCUUAAUGUCAACAAGCAUUUCAGGCUAAAAGGAUUUGAGGGAUUAGCUCCCCUAUGAUUAAAAAUUUUGUCCACUAGGGGACCUCAGUGAGCUUUUCCUAAAAUGCCCACACACACUAUGUUUUUUGCUCAUAUUGUAAUUCUAUUUUAGGAGAGCAACACCUCCUACCUAACAGAAAAGCUCAUUUGGAAUGAGUUUGCUUAAAUAUGCUGAUAUGAUAUCAGUUAUGGACUGAUAUGGGCAUAUCAUACUAAUACUGCUAUGUAAUCUCUAAGGGAACCAAAAGCAAUCAGGGUAAUAAUAAACAUACUAAUAGUUUUGCCAGUAGUGCCAUAGUUAAGGCAGGAAUUUGGGCACAUGUAAAAAAAUUGUGUCCUAAGCAUCACUUCUCUAAAAACACUUUAAUCAUCCUCCUUGUUCAAUUUCAGCGUCUGGGGAUCAACAAAACAGACCCUGCAUCUCUUACACCCGAGGAAGUCAGCACCUUUGUCCGUCUGGACCUCGACCCUUCCAAGAUCACCUGGCAGAGAGGUAUCUGUAACAGCAUGAAAACUGAUGUAGGAGUCAAAUGCAUCUCUGAAAUAUUUGCUCCUUCACCAAAGGGGUUGUCAACGCUUUCAAGUUUUUACCAUGUUGCUGGCAUGUGCUGACAUGUUAUCACCAUUGAAGGUAGAGUGAUGCAUGGUUUACAAAACAGUCACACUAAUUUACUUUGUCUUCAACUUUACAAACACAAACAUAUCAAUAGUUAAAAUGUUUUCAAAGGGUCACACUGUCAGAUUUUUGUUCUCGCUGAUAGAAUGUAUUCUAGAUCAAAACAAAUAUGACUAUCAUAAAAAAUAAAUAUAACUAUCACACUAAUCUAAUUUACAUGAAAGGAGGCAAACAUCCCGUGGUUUUAAAAUUCAGCUUCAAAUUGUACCAUGAAUAAAUGUCACAUGUUGUCUUUCAAUAGACUAUUUUUGAGACGGUGAGUCCUGCAUUUAGCAUUCACUGCUGUGAUAUGAUAUUGUUUCUCUCUUGUUGUCUUUGUACUUCUAUUACAAAUCCUUAAGAAUAAGAAUAACUUUAUCAAUCCCCGAAGAGAAAUUCAAUUGUCUGUUGUCUCACAAAUUAUGUUUCUAACAGUUAUCUACUAUUUACACAAGAGUUAUAAAGUCUAUUGGCUGUUGGUACAAAAGAUCUUCUGAAUCUUUCUGUCCUGCAGCGAAGAGAGAGAGGUCCACCACCAUUGGCCCUUUGGUCCAUCAAGGUUUUGUGAAGUGGGUGAUCCAUGUUUUUGAGAAUAGACUCCACCUUCCUCAGAUCUCUCCACAUCUUUGUGUUUGAUGCUUCCUCCCCAGCAGACUGCAGCGUAGAACAGAACACUUGCCACCAAAGACUAAUAAAACAUCUGCAGCAUCUUACUACAGAUGUCUAUUGAUCUGAGUCUUCUCAGGCAAAAGAGGCGGCUCUGCCCCUUUCUGUAGAUGUAGUCUAUAUUCUUAGACCAGUCCAACUUAUUAUCAAGAUGUACAUGGGCCUUAUAGAUAGAGAUAGUACAUAUGAAGUGUUGCAAUCACCAGUCACUGAGUAAUAAAUGUGGGUAUAGUAGGUGUGAGUUGGGCUGCACGGUAUGAGAUUUUGGUCAUAUCCCGAUAUAGCUCAUUUUAUAUCCCGAUACGAUAUACAUCAUGAUAUAGUACAUUUUUUGUAAAUUCAACUGAUGCAUAGUUUAUAUAAAAUUGCCAUGUGGAAAUGUAGUUUAAAUGCUAUAUUCAACAAGUAACGUUACUAAACAAGACUUCUUUUAUUUCGAACCCUCUGAAAAAUAUUGAUAACAUUUUUCAAUAAUUCAACAUUUGUGUAAAUAACAAUUAGUUCCACAAGGUUUAAUAAUGAAAUGAAAAUCCAUACAUUCCAUAGGCUAGCUCGUUCCCAUGACAUCAGCAUGUAAUGUAGAACGGAUUUUGAGUAACUAAAUAUUUGAGUGAGGGAGGAGAGAGAGUGUGGAGUGGGUUUAACACAGCCGAGACCUGUAUUGACCAAUAACAUCAGCUCCUCUCCUCGCCUUUAAAUCCGCCACUGGCGAGGCGUAUUACAAUUUUUGUGAAGUAGUCAAAGAGAUCAAGAGAUGUCUGAAGACAGCAAUGCCACACGAUGGCGACAGAAGGCAGCCCCUCAACAAGUUUUACUGUAAGCGCUGCAGAGGGCGUCCUUUACACUCUCUCAUAUAAGCACAGAUGGAUUUGGUGUGUGUAAGGUUGUACCCACUGGUAAGACAAACAUCCCUUUCCACAAAUAAGGACACUCACAUAAAGUUGCACAUAUUCAAACCUCACAUGACAAAGGUGGGUUGUGCGCAGAGAUCACAACAUAAAUUCCAAAAAUGGCAUUAAAAUCGGAACCAUCUGUGCCUAAAUGACGCAUUGCGCUCCAUGGCCUGGCUCUUUCUUUCAUAGAUGUUGGCAUAUAAAAUAAAUGUGGCUCACAAAACUGAAUAUUAUAAUAUUCGUAUGUAGGCUUGAAGUAAAUAACUCAUCUGAUCACUGAAACAAAUCAUCCGUUCAGCCGCUGCCGCAGCUGCAGCAGGACGGAGAGAGGACAAGGACACGUCAGGUGUUGUGCCGUAGAAUGCACCCCUGACGGGAGCACGGUUGUAAGUACGUAACAAGGCGGAAUAAUUCAAGUUUUCCUUACCGUUGGACUGAUUCUAAAGCGUGUGCCUUUAAUGAUUUCAUUCAGGCUAUUCAGAUAUGCCGAAAACAAUAGCCCUCUGAUUCGGAAUAUUUGCUGCCCUGAAAAUAUAAUGUUCUCUACCUUAACAGCUUACUGUACAGUUUAUAUACCCAAGUACACCUCUCUAUGUGCUUUUUUUAAAUACCUAAAAACAGAAUUAAAGUUUGCUGCUCCAUUUGACAUGUUGUCAUGAUCCAAUACUCGCGUUUUUUUUAAAUAUGAGAUAAUUUUUUUCCACUUUAAGAAGCUAAUGAGUGGAUGGGAUGCAGGGGAUGCAUUCUACGGCAGGGGUGCAUUCUACGGCAUAACACCUAUCAAGCUGCGCGAGGAAGAAGGAGGGUAAGCGGGGAGACGAAUUAAGUAUCUUGUUAACUUCAUCAUGUGUGAAUGUUUACUGGAUAUUUAAUUUAAUGCGGUUUCAGCUGUGUUAAUUCAGUCAGGUGGAGUGUCCAAACCCGUGCCAAAUGCGCUCAUCAGAUCAGAAUAUAUCGAUAUAUCGAUAUAGAUCUACAUGUAUGUGCUGACUUAGAAUAAAACUACAGCGGUCUGCUCCGUGUCGCUCCUUUUAAAACCAAACCACGACCACACAACCGACGUUGCCCCCCGUUUCGGCAGCAGCUCCUCCGUCUGCGUUGUCUCGUCUGCGUUUGAUGCAUGAGAAUUGUCAACACCCACUUAAAAUAAGAGUUAUGAAUCACUUUUUUGGCAGUAGUUUGGUUUAUGGGUGUGUCUGUGUAUAAGUAUGCUUGGAAAUAGGUUUUACAGUCUGUCAGGUGAUGGCUGUCAAAGCAUAAAAAUGUGUGUUUGAGGUGCUAAACCAAGAUACAUCUCCCAAUUUAUGCAGAGGUUAUCUGGCAUCUCUGGCACUGAUACUGUGUUAGAUUUCAUGCUCAAAGUGGUAGAUUUUAUGAGAAAUUUUGAAGGAUAUUAAGCUGUCUUCAUUUGUUUUGCCUUUCUAGUUGUUGACACAAAUGACCGCUUCUUGAGGAAGAUCACAGUAGGACAGGCAAGCACUGAAAAAGGGCAGAUCAGACAGGUACGCAGCACUUACAUUCAUGAUUUCUCUGAUUUUAUGACACUGUGUAGAAAUAUUUUUAUCCACCCAUCUGGUUUGUGCAUUUUUUGAUAGCAAAAGUAUGAAUGGGGCUGCAGUGUUGGUUUCAGAGGCAGCAACAAUUCCUUAAAUGUCACAUUCUUCUUAUUGCAAAGAUUUCUCAUUCACUUAACAGUUUCUCUUUUACAGAGGGUUCUCAAGGACAUAACAUGUCAUUCAGGUGCUGUUAGAUCUGAAUGAUCACAUCCACCAGCUGCAGCUCAGUGAAUCAAUAACUGUGUGUGAUUUUUUUUUUUUUGUCUUAUUCUCAUUUCAGACUGGGUUUGACAUCGCAGUGGCCAGUGAGAUCAUGGCCAUCCUGGCUUUGGCGGACAGCCUGAAGGACAUGAAAAACAGACUGGCGCGCAUGGUGGUGGGGACCAGCCGCUCUGGACAGCCUGUCACUGCUGAGGACCUGGUGUGUGUUUACCAUGGGGGCUUUUUCAUUUAGGGAUUGUGGAACUUCAGACAAUGGGCUCUAUUUUCGUCCCUCGCCGGACACGUGCCGCAGGCGUGACUUAAGUCUGGUCCGCCGCGCUGACAAGGCGUUCCUAAGCACAAUUUGGUAUUUUGGUGAGCGGCGCAGCCUGGCAUAAGUAUCCCCCCUCCCUAACUCAGCUCCUCCCAGCGGCAUAAGUUGUAGGGAAGGAGGACAGAGGGCGUGGAGUGGAUUUAACAUAGCCGAGACCUGAAUUGACCAAUAACAUCAGUGCCUCUCCUCGCCUUUAAAUCUGUCACCGGCGAGGCGUAUUACAAUUUUCGUGAAGUAGUCAAAGAGAUCUAGAGAUGUCUGAAGACAUGUCACACGAUGGCGACAGAAGGCAGCCCCUCAACAAGUGUCACUGCAAGUGCUGCAGUUGUUGAAAAGUGGGGCCUGUGUUUUUUCAGAGGGGCCCAUUCAUCUUUCUGAUUUAGAUGCAAAGAUUUGUUGACACCUCCAAGCAUGCUGAAGUAAAAAUAUAUUUUUCCUUGUUUACUGUAUGUACCAUGUGUUUCUGGAAUGGUUUAAGCAUAAGAGACAGAACGACACAGGUUAUAGUGCCAUUUAUGAUUGGUAUUGUUUACCCUUCUUUCUGUAAGUAUAAGUUGUUAUCAUAAGUGAGGAUGUAGCUUGGUCUGUUCUUGUUUAAAUCCCCAUCCUCAUAUUUCUUUCUUCCUCUCUGUCAGGGUGUAAGUGGAGCUCUGGCUGUGCUAAUGAAAGAUGCCAUCAAACCAACAUUGAUGCAGACCCUGGAGGUGAGACACACACACACAGUGUCGGUUCUAGACCAAAUUACUCCCCGGGCAAGCACCACCCCCCCCCCCCCCCCCCCCACGCACACGCACACGCACACACACACACAAACACAAACACAAAAAGAGAUAGAAUUUUGAACAGAUAGUUUUGUAUUAUUAUGUAGUAUUAUUAUGAUUAGAACAACAAAAAUAAAAUAUUUCUCACUUGCAGAAAUAGUAGAAAAAAACACAAUCCUGAGGGCCAUUUAGAGAAGGGCCCCCAGAUCCUGAGGUUUUCUGAAGUGUUAAGGUUUACAAAAAUGCUUCUAUCUCGGCCUCUGUAGUAGAUAGAAACAAAAUUCAAAAAGUAUUUGAGAGCUUAUACAUGUGGCUUUCAAGAAAGCUAUCUUUUAGUUUUGCGAACCUUCAUCACAUUUUUGAAAACCUUGAACAAACAAACUUGGCUCUGCACUGGAGAAUGACAAAUAAUUUGUUUUCUGUAAAACAAGUGGCAGUCAUGAUAAAGUGUCCAUUCAAUACAAAUGUAACUAUAGAAAAUAAGGUGUUGAAAGGGUAUACAGCUGCCCCAGUAUAGUGCCAGUACAAAAGCAGAACUAAAAACUAAAAAAUGAAUAAAUAAAUACGUGGCUGACAGUGUGUUCAUCUCUGUUCUCACCCAAAGUCAUGCAACACUCACAGAAAACGCUGAUAGUGUGAGCCAAAGCACUCCAUAUGAAGAGGUUGUUCACACUGCUGGAUGUUUCUCCUCUGAAGCUGCUCUCUGCCUCAGUCAUUGUUUACUUUACUCAUGAAGCUCAUCAAGCACGUAGCAAGAUCUGAGCAUGAACCCGAGCGCUUUAUUCGCCUAUCAAAGGCAGGCGGGUACGGUGAUUUGAUUCACCACGACUCCAGAAAUGAUUAAAAAACUACAGAAUGUUACAAAAUGACGUAUCCGCGCUUCCGGCAGAGUAGAAAUGCGCAGCCGCGCUCCCUGAUAUGCUGACAUGCGUACACAGAGCAGAGCUGUCCCGCCCCGCGACCCUCUCCCCGCCUCGUCUCAUACAGUCUGUCAGCCUCUGUGCAGCACCUUCGGAGCAAGCAGGGGCGCUUACAGCAGCGGGGGGGCGCCAAUUUGACAACAAGAGUUAAUACAAAACCGCUUUACGGUUAAGAUUUAUUAUUAUUAUCUUUUAUUUUAUUCUUUUGGAAGUGCUCGUGCCGCCCCCCAUGAGUCAUGACACAAAUGCCGCCCCGGGCAGCUGCCCUGUUCGCCUGUGCCUAGAACCGCUACUGCACACACACAUGACCCCACUUAAAUAGUUAUUACCUUGCACAACUGCGUAUCCUUUAGCGCAAGUCGUGUAGAAUAAAUCGGGUGGUAGUCUACAGAGACGUCUACCUCUGCUGUCAAAGGAGUGGAAGGAAGGAGGAAAAGUGCUCCACAGAGAGCUUUUAAGAAAAGAUGAUAGAUUGACCUUUUCCUCCCCUAGCUCUUUAUGUUAUUGGCAUUUAAACUGUGUGGACAGGACUGGUGGAGCUCUCUGAAAAAGGGCCAGCCUGUCCACAUUUGCACUAAGGAAACAAUUUAAUUUGACGACCAGUGUGGUGACUUAUACCUUAAUUCAGCCUCUUGCUACAUCUGGCUUUCAUUUGGCUCGAGACAUUAUCGUCAAGAGAAGGGACAUGUGAUCUCCCAGAGGAAAAUACACUGUCCACUAUCGGUGAACCCAUGCUGUCCCUGUGCUGGAGGAAAAAGCCCCACCCACAAGAUGAUAGAUGGAGAAACAGAGAGGGGAAAAUUUAGGCAUUUAAGAAAUCAGGAAGAUAUCAUUUGUAUUGCCUAUUUCUUUAGCCUUUGAGCAGAAAUGCCAAAUAUGUCUGUAGUGAGCUUUCCAUUUUCAAAUACCUUUUAGCCAUAUUAUUAAACUCACUGAGAGGUUCGUAAAAGAUGAGUAACACACAGUUGUGGUGUUGUAAAAUGUAUUCGGAUGCAGUCUUUCUCUGAUCAUUUCUUAUAUCUUAUGCUCACUAAAUCUCUCUAAGGGCCAUACGGCAUACAAAUUCUGGCCCAGCUUCUGAAUACUAGUACCAUGAUGGACUCUUGAGUUCAGCUCAAUUUCAGCUCUUGCCAUGCAGUGUACAUGAGAGGAACUAGGGCCGGUCAUGGUCCAUCAGCUGGUACCAACAUGCUGGAUGAAUUCCUGGCAUGUUUGAAAUUUGAUCAGCUGACCGCAUUGAGAAAUCACAACCACAACUCUAUUCCCCAAUUUCUUUGUUUAUUGACUGCACCUGUACAAAAUGAUUGACAGUGUCUGAAAGCACCACAGCAAUGCACUGGAUGAUGAGAAAAAUGAAAAACCACAGAGAUACACAUCGAUUAGCCAUUUUGUAGCUACCCAUGCAGUGUUAUGCAGUUCAGUCUAGAUGCGCCACAUAAAUUCUGCUUUUACAAACUUCAGCUUUUUUGCUUUUUGUAGACACACCAGUAAGGUGAUGAGUGAGCUGUAUAGUUUUUGUUGAAGUUGAACACUAACCCCCAGCACUAAGAUAGAGCUGAGGGAUUAAUUGAAUUUCAAUUUUCAUUAUGAUUUUGGCUUCCUUUGAUCAUUAAAGCAAGACAGUCCAGAUUCAACAAUGGUGCUUGCCAUGCUGUGCUCAUCUUGUCCUACUUAGCACCUCCCCUUCCUUCACACCAGAGGCUUUACUGCAUCUUCAUCAGGUGCUCAUAUCAAUGCGCAACAGAGUUUGGGGGUAUAAUAAGAAAUUGCUGCAAAAUUGCAAAGUGUGUGUGUGUGUGUGUGUGUGUGUGUGUGUAUUUAUAAUGCAGAGGAAAAAAGAGAGUGUUAAUCCAGUUGUUCUGAAAAAUGUUUUUGUCAAACUCAUUAAUUUUCCUUUCAGUUUUCUUUUCCAAAACAUUUGGUAUGUUAAGGUAUAUACUGUGUGUUCAAAGUCCUAAAUACAUGAGACGAUGCUGUACAGUGAAGUCAUGCUUGACAAUCAGAAUGUAAUAGUGAGGGCACGGCCUACCUGAGCUCUGGUUUUGGGCUGUAAAUGGCUUACUAUAGUGUGAACUGACAUUCCACUUUUACAUUUAUACAGUGCACACGCAGUGUAUAGCCAUUCUGAGACAAAGAGUAUUAGCCAAAAAUAAGGGGAGUAAAUUCUCUUUUUUGUGCAUUAGACCUCUGUGGUAUGAGGCCAAACAUUCAAGAGGAGACUCAGAUUAAUAGAAAGUCUGUAAAGUUGUCAGAAGUAAUUCUUCUUUCCUCUCUUUUCCUAAUGAGUCCAUUAUCCUUUAAUCCUACAGCACUUACCCAGUCACUCUGGUGGUAGGGCAACAUGUUUAGCCAGAAGUUUUCUGCAGGAAUUGAGCAUAUUCUUUGAUUAAUCAGGCUCAUUUAAGUUGAAAGUGUUUGCAGUCAUACUUCUGCUAACACCUCUGUGUUUUGUUUGAAGGGCCAUGUUUUGUAUGUUUGUUCUGUUUUGGUUUUGUACAGAAAGCAUGAUUGCACGGCAUUGCUUUUGAGUGGAGAAAAUAAACACUGCCUGGGUGUUUUGGGGAGUACUGACUGUUGUUUUGCGUGCAGCAGAGAUUUGGUCACUUUCUUUUUCUUUUGGAGGAAGCAUUGCAAUGAUGUUGUGUGAAACUGUUUCCCGUGUGGGUUUCCUGUGAUUCUGGUCAGGAGACUGGUGACAGGACCGAGCGGGCCUCAGAGCUCCAUGAGAAUUUUCCAUCUAGCUUGACCGCCUGUGCCCUUUGUGCACUCUUCACUCGUGUUGAAUACAGAUGUACAAAUGAGAAUACAGCGAGCAUAUGGAGGCUGGUGGUGUUUGUGUCAGUGGAUUCUUUUCUGUGUUGUUUUGGAUGGUGUAAAGUUUAGAGGAGAUAUGGCAUAAAAGGAAAGAAGAUAUUGGGCUCUAUUUUCGUGUCCGCCGGUGAGGCGGCGGAGGGUGGCGGACUCCGCGCAGAGGUUUUGUCUGGUGGAGCCCGGUGUACCGCCAGUUUGGUAUUUUCGUGGACUGAGGCGCAUCGAGGUCCACCAAGCUGGGCGUGGUGGCGAGGCAGGGGGAGGUGUCGACAGAAUCAGCUGGUGCAGUGACAUUUUCGUGCUAGCUGGUGGCGUAUUAAGUACACUGAAAGCUCACAGAUUCAAACCUGGUCAGCUUUCAGCGCAGGCGGAGUGCAGCUGGUGUAGAGGUAUUUUGGUUGACCGGCGGCAUAUCAGCAUACGUCACCGAUGCCUCACCGGCAGGUUUCCACAGUGUCAGGCACAUUUCAGUGCAAUAAAUAAUCAACAACAACUAAUAAUCUGAGUCAGCACAUACAUUUAGAUCUAUAGAUAUAUUCUGAUCUAUAUCUGAUCUGAUGAGCGCGUUUGGCACGCGUUUGGACCCACAACCUGACCACAGCUGAAACCGCAUUAAAUUAAAUUAAAUUAAAUAUCUAGUAAAUAGACACACAUGAUGAAGUUAACAAGAUAUGGAAUUCAUCUACCUCCUUUUUUUUCUUCCUCUUCCUCUUAUUUCUCGUGCAGCUUGGCCUGGACAUGUCGCUGUGUCCUCUCCCCAUCCUGCUGCAGCUGCUGCUGUGGCGGCUGAACAGAUGAUUUGUUUCAGUGAUCAGAUGAGUUAUUUACUUUAAGCCUACAUACGAAUAUUAUAAUAUUCAGUUUUGUGAGCCAAAUGCCAACAUCUAUGAAAGAAAGAGCCAGGCCACGGAGCGCAAUGCGUCAUUAUGCACAGAUGGUUCCAAUUUUAAUGCCAUUUUUGGAAUUUAUGUUGUGAUCUCUGCGCACAACCCACCUUUGUCAAGUGAGGUUUAAAUACAUGCAACUUUAUGUGAGUGUCUUCAUUUGUGGAAAAGGGCGUUUGUCUUACCAGUGGCUCCAAACUUACACACACCAAAUCCAUCUGUGCUUAUAUGUGACAGUGUGCAGGACGCCCUCUGCAGCGCUUACAGUGACACUUGUUGAGGAGCUGCCUUCUGUCGCCAUCGUGUGGCAUUGCUGUCCUCAGACAUCUCUUGAUCUCUUUGACUACUUCACGAAAAUUGUAAUAUGCCUCGCCAGUGGCGGAUUUAAAGGCGAGGAGAGGAGCUGAUGUUAUUGGUCAAUACAGGUCUCAGCUGUGUUAAACCCACUCCACCCCCUCUCUCCUCCCUCACAACGACUUAUGCCGCUGGGAGAAGCUGAGUUAGGGAGGGGGGACACUUACGCCGGGCUGUGCCGCUCACCAAAAUACCAAAUUGUGCUUGGGAAAGCCUUGUCAGCGCGGUGGACCUGACUUACGCCGCGCCUGCGGCACGUCUCCGGCGAGGCACGAAAAUAGAGCCCAUUCUCUGUGUGUACAUGCUGAUCAAGUUAACCUCAAUCAUUCAGUGUGUUUUUCAGACAUCCUGUCUACGUGGAACUACUGCAUGUAUCUGUACUGAUGACAAACUGUAGCAUGGAUGUCUGAUAGUCCCGGCUGUGAGCAUUUUAAAGCACUGGUGUGCAGCUGGUACAACAGUGUCAUGAUCUCUGUUUUUCUUCUGUUUCCCUUGUCCUCAUAAUCCUUCUGUCCACCAGAUGAAAAGGUUACUCUGGCCUUUACAUUUAUCACCCUAAUGUUACAUGCAAUUUUUAAAGUGUGUUGACUUUCCAUUUUAAUAAAUGGAAAUCCAUACAUUUUUUUUGCAUUCUUGUUUUUUUCUCAAUGUCAAAUACUACUUUGCAGUUUGUCAGAGUCUUGUUGACUUGAAUGGCUGAUAUACUCCCCAGAAGAGAGGCUGUUUAUGCAGGCAGAGGGAGAGGUAUGCAAACAAAAACUUAGAAAAUUAUGCACUGCCUCCCCGUCCUUCCUUUUUCCCUCCCCCUCAAGGAAUUCACAUGCACUGUUACAAUGGAUGAAUUGGCUUCCCCAGUAUUCUUCAAGGCAAGUUUUCUGAUAAACUUCCCUUUUGGAAGUCAUGAAUGUGGUUGGAAGGAUUUGGAACUUGAAGAGUAAACCUCUCUUUGGCAGCUGUUUUUCUCUGGCACAGUCCUUUGUAAAAGCUGGGAUACAAGGAAAAAAAAAUCUUUGAAUAAUUCAGAGUUCAGAGAUUAUUCAGGAUAGUUCUGUUGUUACUGUGCUGACACUAGAGUGGACUGUCAGGUGUCAUCAUAGGAAAUCAGUGUGAUAAUUUCCUCUCAGUACAACAAUGCAGGAAUCCUUUAGGGGCUUCAGUGACAAAACAUCAGUCUUUGUUGAGCACCUUAAAAGAGCAAUGGGUUUCAUUCACCCAUAUUUUCCAGCCCCGGUCAGCUGGGCUCAGUGUAGAGGAAACAACAUGCUCUCAACUGGUUGUUUUGCCUUUCUGUGGUCAAUUUCCUGCUAAUUUGGAUAUAAUUCAAUGACCGUUGACCCUCUACUAUUUGUGAAAAAGCAGUGUGAUUGUAAAUUUUUGUUUUUUGCAGGUUUACUUGUGUUUGAUGAAGUAAACUAUGUUCCUUUAUGCUGUGCUGUUACCUUCAGACAGAGUAAGCAGUUAAAAGUCCUGUUGGGGUCCACAUGGAUCAGGGAUUGACCUUUGGAUUGUUCUGUGUUACUGAUAAAUCCAUAACAAGGAAGUAUUUCUCAUCUACAGGAACUGAUACACAGUUGGGAGUCUGCAUAUGGUGUUUUAUUUUGAAAUACCGGAUGACAAGCAUAUUUCAUGCUUGACAUCCUUUCUAGAACGAUCUUCUCUGUGAAGAUUGAUGUGUGUUGGAAGCGUAGAGCAGCAAAAAUGGACUCAGCGUGUAUCUUUAGCAGAGCCGCACUUGAUAGGCUUGUGAUAUGUGUCCUGUAUGUGAUGCUGCAUUGAUUAGACAGGCAACCUAUCUGCUGCGUGAUGCACGACGCUGAUGUUACGUGCUCAAUAUGGAUCCUGUAUGUUUUAGCCUUUAGUCCUUUCAUCCCCGGAGUCAAGUGUCUCAAACCAUUUAAACACUGAAGGCCUACUUUUUGGCUCACACAUACAGUGCAUCCGGAAAGUAUUGAUACCACUUCACUUUUUCCACAUUUUGUUAUGUUACAGCCUUAUUCCAAAAUGGAUUAAAUAUCUUUUUUCCCUCAAAAAUUCUACACAAAAUACCCCAUAAUGAAAAAGCGAAAAACUUUUUUUAGAACAUUUUGCAAAUUUAUUAAAAAUAAGAACACUCAAAUGUUGCAUAUACAUAAGUAUUCACACCCUUUACUCAAUACUUGGUCGAAGCACCUUUGGCAGCAAUUACAGCCUCCAGUCUUCUUGUGUAUGAUGCAACAAGCUUGGCACACCUGGAUUUGGGGAGUUUUUCCCCAUUCUUCCUUGCACAUACUCUCAAGCUCAAUGAGGUUGGAUGGGCAGCGUCUGUGCACAGCUACUUUCAGGUCUUUCCAAAGAUGUUCCAUCGGGUUCAAGCCUGGGCUCUGGCUGGGCCACUCAAGGACAUUCAAGGACAGUCCUGAAGCCACUCCUUUGUCUUCUUGGCCAUGUGCUUAGGGUCAUUGUCAUGCUGGAAGAUGAAGCGUCGCCCCAGUCGAAGGUCUCGAGCACUCUGGAGCAGGUUUUCAUCAAGGAUUUCGAUGUACUUAGCUGCAUUCAUUUUUCCCUCGAUCCUGACAAGUCUCCCAGUUCCUACCACUGAAAAACAUCCCCACAGCAUGAUGCUGCCACUACCAUGCUUCACUGUAGGGAUGGUAUUGGUGAGGUGGUGAGCGGUGCCUGGUUUCCUCCAGACAUGAUGCUUGGCAUUCAGGCCAAAGAGUUCGAUCUUUGUUUCAUCAGACCAGAGAAUUUUGUUUCUCCUGGUCUGUGAGUCCUUCAGGUGCCUUCUAUCAAAGUCCAAGCGGGCUGUCAUGUGCUUUUUACUGAGGAGUGGCUUCUGUCUGGCCAUUCUACCAUAAAUGCCUGACUGGUGGAGUGCUGCAGAGAUGGUGGUCCUUCUGUAGGGUUCUCCCAUCUCCUCAGAGGAACGCAGGAGCUCUGUCAAAGUGACCAUCGGGUUCUUGGUCACCUCCCUGACCAAGGCCCUUCUCCCCCUGCUUGCUCAUUUUGGCUGGGCAGCCAGCCCUAGGAAGAGUCCUGGUGGUUCCAAACGUCUUCCAUUUCUUAAUGAUGGAGACCACUGUGCUUUCUGGGAUCUUCAAUGCAGCAGAUAUUUUUUUGUAACCUUCCCCAGAUCUGUGCGCCGAUACAACCCUGUUUUGGAGGUCUACAGACAAUUCUUUCGUCUUCAUGGCUUGGUUUGUGCUCUGAUGUGCUCUGUCAGCUGUCGGAUCUUAUAUAGACAGGUGUGGCUUUCCAAAUCAUGUCUAAUCAGCUGAAUUUGCCACAGGUGGACUGCAAUCAAGUUGAAGGAACAUUUCAAGGCUGAUCAUUGGAAACAGGAUGCACCUGAGCUCAGUUUUGAGUUUUAUAGCAAAGGGUGCGAAUACUUAUGUAUAUGCAACAUUUGAGUGUCUUAUUUUUAAUAAAUUUGCAAAAUGUUCUAAAAAAAAGUCUUUCGCUUUGUCAUUAUGGGGUAUUUUGUGUAGAAUUUUUGAAGGAAAAAAAGGAAUUUAUUCCAUUUUGGAAUAAGGCUGUAACAUAACAAAAUGUGGAAAAAGUGAAGUGGUAUGAAUACUUUCCGGAUGCACUGUAUAACCAAAUUGACUUUUAUUUAAAGACAGCAUUAAAAAACAACAUUUAAUAAGCUAGACAUAAGGAAUUAGAGUUAACUAGCAUCGUUUUCUUCAUGAUUUUAAUGAAUUUCUGUUGUGGCCUAGAGAAGUCUCAAAAAUGACAAUAUAUCCAUAGAGAAGUUUUCUCCUAUUUUCUGUUUAAAGUCGUUUCUUACCUUUUUAAGUUUGAUUUUCUGCCCUUGUGAAAGCAAAGUUGAGUUCAGGAUAAUAACUAAGAACUGAGCUGUUACAUUCACUCAGAAAUUCAGACUGUGAAGUUUCUUUUUUGUCAAAGUUACUGCAGGCGUUUUACUGGCUGCCUGACCCUUGAAUCUUCAAGAAAUUCUAUUUGAAUUUUUGUGUGUGUGUGUGCGUGUCUCUGGCUUACAGGGAUUCAUCUGGGUCAGCAGGGGAAGAAAGCGUGGCCCACAGUCAGGCUGAUGUGCCAGUCGAGUACCUCUUGACUUAAACACUUUAGUCUCUGUUAGUCAAACACAGUGGCAGGCAAAGUGCAUCCACAUUUCAAUAUUUAUCCAGGAUGCUUCUUAGAGAUGUUGAAUGUAGAAUGAAUGAGCCGGUCAGUCUUUAUUGAAAUUUGUUCAGAUGUGUUGCCGUGUAUUACUCUUGUUUUGUAAACUCCUCCCGCUUGUUUAUGUGUCUCUCAAAAUGUCACAGGGUACACCAGUGUUUGUCCAUGCUGGACCCUUCGCCAACAUCGCCCAUGGCAACUCCUCUGUGCUGGCAGACAAGCUGGCUUUGAAGUUGGUCGGACGGGAUGGUUUUGUGGGUAAGAGCACAGUCGGCAUGUAGACAUCACACACAAACUGAGGGUAGAUACGCUGCAGGCCAAAAGUUUGGAAGCAAGACCAAAACAGGCCAAACAUUUGGAAACUACUUCAAGUUUCUGUUCACAAUGCCUUUCAUAAAAAAAAAAAGAUAAGUUAAAUGUAUUUUGGGAUGUAUUUAUUACAUGACUAGACUUUGCUUUCAUUGAUAUGCACUAUUUUCCUCAAUUUACCUUUAGGUAUACAUUGAUGUUACCAGACCAUUGCUGAAUAAAUGUCAACAAAAGAAAGGGAGGGCUUAGUUUUAGGUUCGAGAAGAUUAGCAAGAGUCACAAAUUCAGUGUAAAAUAAUUUUAAAAAAAAAAUCACUUCGCAUUAUUCACUUUUACUUAUUGGCUUUUGAGUGUCUGCAUACAAAAAUCUCAAUAAAUCUCACCCGUGUUCAAAACUCUGACAAACUAUUGCAGAAAUGGCUAGAAAGAAGCAACUGAGUAAAGAAACAAGAGUACAGAUUUGUACAUUGAGAAAAGAAGGAUACACUGAAAGGGAAAUUGCAAAACGCCUAAAGGUGUCCAACAAAGGAGUUCAAUACACUCUGAAGAGACUUGAAGAAACUGGUUAUGAUGAUAGGAAAGGCCUGGAAGAAAGAGGGUCACAACAAAAGCAGAGGAUAAACAUAUUAUUGUCACCAGUAAGAGAGAUCAGCAAAAAACAGCACCACAAAUAAAGGUGAAAAUCUACAUGACAAGGUCAAAACCCAUAUCUCUGACAACUGUGAAAAGACGUUUGAGAAAGGCUGGUCUGAAGGGUUGUGUAUCUGCAAAAAAAAAACACUUCUUUGUCCACAGAACAAGAAAAAAAGAUAUGAGUGGGCAAAAGCUCACAAAAAUUGAACCUAUGAUGACUGGAAACAAGUCCUCUGGAUGGACGAAAGCAAAUUUGAACUAUUUGGUUCCAAACGCAGAGUCUGUGUCCGCUGACAAACUGGUGAACGUCCUAAAAGCACCAUGCGUAACACCCACAAUAAACCAAGGAGGUGGUAGUGCCAUGGUAUGGGGAUGUUUUGCAGGUGAUAGAGUAGGAGAUUUGUUUGAAGUAAAGGGUAUUAUGAAGAAGGAACAGUACCACUCCAUCCUCCAGCAUCAUGCAGUUCUAUCUGGACUCAGACUUGUAGGUCCAAAGUUUGUUUUGCAACAAGAUAAUGAUCCUAAGCAUUCUUCCAAACUCUGUCAGAGUUACCUAGACAAAAAAGAAGAGGAAGGUGUUCUUCAAAAAAUGGGUUGGCCCCCUCAGUCUCCAGACCUCUCUGCAAUUGAGCUUGUGUGGGAUGAAUUGGAUCGAUCAAUCAGAAAAGGGCGUCCCACAAAUCAGCAGUCUCUUAUUGAUGAACUUAAGAAAUCUUGGAAAUGCGAUUCCUGCUACAUACCUUAAAAAACUUGUGGAAUUAAUGCCUCGUAUAUGCCAAGCUGUUGUUAAAGCCAGAGGAGGUUACUUCGAGGAAAGCUAAGUCUAAGCAAGAAAAACUCAAAUACCUGAUAAUUAUAGUAAAAAUGUCUUCUGAUAAGUUUUUCUUUAGAUAAUUAUCAGGUUUUUUUUGUUGCAAAGUAUUAUGAUCUUUUUUUUGUACAAAUUUGAUCUUGCUUCCAAACUUUUUGCCUGUAGUGUACAUGACCACAAAGCCCCAAGAUGUAAACUACAAAUCCCAGGUGUAGAAGAAUUUAAGGCUCAAACUGUAACCCAUAAACUACUUGAGCCUUGAACUUCAUCCUACUCCUCUGCUUUUGCAACCUUUGGCCUGCAUUCAUCUCUAUUCCAGUUCUGGUUUUGCUUAACCAGUCAGAAGUCUGCUCCUCCAGUGCCUUGCAACUGCGCAACUUUCUAGGAAACUGGUGGAAGUUGUGUAAAAACACACACAAAGUCAGGAGAGAGGAAGGAAGCUGAUUGAAAAUCUUAAGAGUCCCUGGAAUGCCUCAGAGUAAACCACACUAAUCCCUUCAACGUCAAAGCCAACUUGAGUAUUUCUAUUUUUAUCUGUUUAUCUCUCCUGUAACUUGCUUUAUGAUUUCUUAUUCUUUGGCUUCAGAAAUAUGUUAAGAAUGUGUGUUUUGUGUGUGAUGUUGUUGGGUUUGAGAGGUUUGUCAGUUGCAUUCGAUGUCCAUCAAAAUCUUGUCUGGGCUUGUAUUAAGGUGCAUAUGAAACAAUUUGACUCUUGGGGUGCGCACUAAACUUACACUAGCUGUCAUACAUGAGCUGGCCAGGAGUGUCAGCAGCACGAGCAUAGGCUGGCAUUUCACAACAUUGGAUCCCAGAAGCAGGGUGAACGUUUCUCAACCUCUCCAGCCUGUUUGUUUUCCAUCUAUCCAUCUCCAUCCCACCCUUCUCUGUCUGUGUGUUUGUUACCUGACUCUCAGGUAUGCCAGGAACUCGACCUCCUUCCUCUUCGUCUCUCUGCAGCUGGGAUGCAUGUACCCCCCUCUGACCACUCCUUUCCUCUCUGUCAGUUUUCUCUAAUGACAUGAGCUUUGCCGUCUUUUAACUGUCACUGCUGAAGAAACAACAACCCAUCAAAGGGAUAAGAGUGAAUUUUUUAUUAUAUUAUACAUUAUAGACAGCUUUUUUUGAGUUUGGACAUUUUGAACAGUUUUUGUUUUAUAACUCUGGCAUUUAACAAACCAGAAAAGAUUGAGCCCAGCUGUCAGAAAACAAGUUAUCAAAUAAAAGCUGGAUCUGCUUAUCUAGUCCUUUUUAUUUAAUAGUCUCUUUACUACAGUAAGUCUGUAAGGUCUAAGUUAUAAGUCUGAUGAACUGAGACCAGACAACUGACAACAGCACCUAAGUUGAAGAGCUUCAGAUGGUAUGUCACAGUAUUCAUCACUGCAGAUGCUGAGACCUGUCCUCUCAGAGGCAUGUCAGUUGGUAUAACCAUUUUUGUUAUUGCAAGUGCAGCAUUAGGAUAUUUUUCCUUUAAGUGUGAUCAUUUGGUCCCCCAUACUGCCAGAAGGGUAAAUUCAUAGCCAUAUCCUUGACAAUGGAACCAAUAUGCUCACAGCAAAGCUGACAAGGUUAUUGUUAGCCUGGCCAACGUAGCCAGUCAGAAUAAUCGAUAGACGAAAGCCUGUGAUUCUGUGUGGCAUCAUGUGCAGCCCAACAACUAUGUCAACUUUUAGCAAACACACUGUUGAAAUAAAGAACCAUUUACAUAAAAACCUUUGACUGUAAAUUGAAGUGAAGUGUGGGACGACAACUAAUGUGACGCACAAACGAACAAACAGCCAGACUAAGAGUGCCAAAAGUUGUCUGAUAUACUGAGGUAGUUUGUUGUUACCAGGACUUGAAAGCAUGCUGUCGUAAACAAGAGAGAAUGGUGAACAUCAAAUUGAAAUCUGAUGGAAGGACAGAGGAGCUAACUUAGAAUGGUUACUGUUUUUGUUUAUUGUCAGUCAGGAGUCAGAUUUGCCAUAUAAGCUGUUUAAGACAACAAUAGGUCAACAUUUUUAACAGCUUGUUUGUAAUGCAUCCAAAUGCUCUUUAAAAUGAAUUAAUGCAUGGUUAAAGCCAUCAUGUCAAUUUGAUUAUAUUUAUGAACUCAUAUGUGAGACGGCUGCUGCUCAAACUGGUUCAGUCUUUCUGAGGUGCUGUGGUAUCAAGAAGUCUGAAUUCAGACAGGAAGACAUCUGCAAAAAUAAAAUAACAUUUCCACUGAUAAAUCAACUACAACAAUUUGCACUUUAUUGACAUCAUUUAAUGAAGCAAAAUGAUUCUUCCAGUCGGUUAAACUGCUGCAACCACAUCAAAGUGUCUUUAAGUGAUAUUCCCUUUUGUUUAAUUUCCCUGAAGGCUGUUCUCUAGUGGUAAAUGCAUGAACUUAUUAUGAACUAGGUGAAGAUUUUGUGAAUUUGUUAAGUACAAAGUCAUGGCCAUGCUCCAUCAGUCUCUGUUUCAGUGUGUUUUUUUUUUUGUUUUUUUUAUUACUUUGGGAUCUGAGCCUAAAAUGGAGAUAUGCUGCGGGAGGAGAAAUUCCACAUGCCAGAUGUUGAGGAUUCCUGUGUCAUUUACUGUCUCGAGGAGAAGAAGCAUAUAACCCCUCUGUCCUGAUUCACUGUAACAUUUCCCACAUCACAAAGCCUCCCAUGACAGAGAGCAACAAAUUGUUACUGUAAGCAAAAUUACCUAUUGACAAAAUGAUGAUGCUGUCAUACUGUCAAUGUUUUAAACAUUUCAAACUCUGGCUCUACUUAACAUGUCAUUUGGGAGGUCAAUCAGAUAAUCCUAAAUCAUGGUUGAUGUGUUGCUAUCAAAUGUUAAGGAAAUACACAAGAAAUGUGGCAUCUUUUAGGGUGAAUAAAUACUUUCACUCAUGUAUGUAUACCGUAUGUACUUAUACUUUUAAUAGCAUUGCUGCGAAACUCAGUCCCCCCCCCCAGACCAGACACACUCCUGACACACAAGUGCAUAAAGCAGCCGUCUCCUCUUGGUAAAUACAGUGUCUAUAUUCUGAGACAGUGUGAAGGGGUAUUCGUAAACUUUCUUUAUUUUUUUUUCUGAUGGGAUAAUAAGACAAAAGACAUGGUAGUAGCACAGGAGUAUUUGUUGUUGAUACAUGACAAAUUGAUUUUCUUGAAUUUGAUCCUUCUUGGGGGCAUUAAAUAAGAAAUUCUAAGUCACCUUAGUCUCUUCAAAAUAGUGAAGAACGGUUUUCACUUCUCUCUUUAAUCAAAAAUAGCUGGUUGAAUAUUUAGCACUACUUAUUAAUAAAGAAAUCUCCCCAAAAAUGUAUGUUAGUUGAAGCUUGAUGGCAGAGAGUGUGACUUAUUUUGAAAAACUGCCCCCAAGAAGGAGAUGGCCAUGUUGCUCUAACCUAGUUUCCACUUGUAUUAUUGGUGUUUUUAUUGGCAUGGAUAAUGAUACCCAUGCAUAGCUGGUAGUUACCUUAUUCAAGUCUUUUUUCCCAAACAACAUCAUCGCUGCCUUCCCCUCCUGCAUUUUGGACAGUUCAAGGUUAUCACACAGAACAGGAAGUGUGUGGUGUUUCCUCAAUGACAUCCUUUGGGGUUAAUCUCCUGCUUGGUGUAACGUCAUAGUGUCGUUACACACCCGCUGUCUCUGUUUCCACUCUCUCCCAUCUGCUUUGCCCUGUUUUAUUACACAUGAGCUUGGUUUGUGGGAGAGCAUUGUAUUUAUUGAAAUCUCCACAAAUCCUGAGCCCUAAGAAUGUGACAUUCACUGGCGGCCUCAUUCAAUAUUCAGAGCCAAACCUCUCGCGUGGAACUAACAAGAAACAGGGCACUUACUAGGUUGUCUCUGGCCAAAUAAAAUCUAGUUGCAUUCCUGUGCUCGUCCCUCAGGCUGUUGAAGUUUCUUUUCACUCAGAGAAACUUGUGACGGUGAGGAAAAUUUAGUCAGGACCCCCUAAAAUGUAUUAGGAUUCAGAUUCUCCUUUGUCUUUUUCCUAAGCUGAAAUUUCUCGUACCUUUUUAAAAAAAAUUUAUUUAGAUUUCACUCAGCCUGCCUCAUUUUCUGACCCUACUUUUCUAUAGCCCUUCAGCUCUGUCCGAAUAAAUCUUUCUUUCUGCUGGAAUGCAGAGACCUACACAGAGCAGAGUGAUGCAUUUCUUCAUGGAAACACUUGUUUUCUCACUAAAGCCUCACAGUAAAGCGCUCUAUCAAGUGUCAGCCACAAACACUUAAAGCUUCAGUGAGUUACUCUCUUUUCACCAACGCCCACUUACCAGAUGCUGAACAAUAACUGCUCUAAAUCUUUAGCUCCUUUACUGAGCUCCUUUACUGUUGGAUCAAUUUAAAUAGAACAUUCAGAAUCUUUAUUCCUUGUCCAGGGAUAACAACAUCAGAGGUUUUCUAUCAUACAAAUCAUUCUGCCGUCUAUAAACUCAGCAUUUACUGUGUAGAUAAACCCUCUGUACACACACAUGUGCAUGUUAAAGACAAGCAUGUAAUUUAUCACUGUAAUUUCAUUUAUUCCCUGAUUUGCUUCCUUGUCACGUUUCAUUAUCCUCCAUUUAAUUAAAUUAAAUGUUUACAGGGUCAGCUGUUGGUCACUGUGUCCCACCAGCAAGCUGCCAACAUGCAGAUGACAUAGACAAAACCAUGAAUGCAGCUGGUGUGGGUUUUUCUUCCAGCAACUUCUGCUUUAAACAGUGCUGGACAGAAUGAAAAGAAGAUGUUAAGAAUAAGAACGUUUUGAUCCAUGAUCUUUAUUAGAUUGAUACAAUUGUCACGCCAAUAUAAACCAAGGUUGUUAAACCGAAGGAAACUUUCACUCUUUUUCCCUUUGCAUCUUAAAAUGUAUGCAACUGUGCUAUGACUCUGCAUUUUUCUGACUGUGGGUGUGAACUUUUAUGUCACAUUAACUAUUACUGUCAUUCUAGUUGCCAUUCUUUGUAAGUCAAGGUUUCAAACAUUUAACCAAAAAGACCUUUCUUUUUCUAGAGAAAACAUAAGGUUUAUUUUGUUUUCCAUUUCAUGUAAGGUUUUGUGGUUUAUGUUGUUCUUACAUAUGGAUACGUCAGUCUGUUCUUUUGGGUGGAAAACUUCACAGAACAAUCCCUCGCCCCUUUGUCCAGGUCGGACUAUGGUACAUGUCAGGGUGUGGAGCAGCAGCAGCUGCUGGGGUGUCAAUAUCUGACAAAGAAACAAUCAAAAAGGUGUCAUAUGAGCCCUUACCAGAUAUGUCUCUUAAAUUUAAUCGCUUCUGAUGAAUUUGCCUCUGGGGGCUGUGCUUUUGAUAACUGCAGGGGAAUGCCAUUAGGACAAAAUGCGGCCCCCCCUUUCCAAGACCCCAUGGAUUACCAAGUUUGUUGCCAGGCCUAAUGCACAUACUAAGAUUCACGAGAUUUUGAGCAUGUUAAUUCCCCAAAUCUUGACUUUGGUGAGAAAUUAUUUAAAUCUUUGAAUUUUUAGUGAGCCUCUUGUAUAGUGUGGUGCUUGUGUCCUAAUUCUGAUCAUUUGAAAAAUACAGCUUCCCUUCUCUGAUUUUCACAUUAACUCCAAGCAACAGGGUGCAUCUAUAAGCACACUGAGAAGCUCACAUAUUUAGCCAAUGUUAGUCCAUGUUUUUCUCUUCCUUUUACAUUGCAGCAGUGUUUUGAGUGUGCUUAACUUACUACUAUAUCAGAAGAAUAUGCAAAGUCAUACACAGAAGAACCAGUAUGCAUGUCAGCUUACAGGAAAGCUUCUCUUACAAAGCCUGUCAUUCCAGGUGGACUGUUCGCUUAAUUUGCAGCACUUUCCAGAGGCUCUUGAUGUCUUGAAGAGCACUUGCAGUGAAAGUAUUUCUUAAUACAGUAUUCGGACAGAAACAAAGUCCAAUUCAGGCCAUAUUCCCAUGCCUUUUUUUCUUUUCUUUUCUUUUUCCUUUUUUUUAAAUACCUGAGUUGCACGCAGUUCAAGUGUCUGUGAAAUAUAUAAAUGAAGUGUAAGUGUGCUUCCCUGUCUGUUUCUGCACAGUGACAGAGGCUGGUUUCGGAGCAGACAUCGGGAUGGAGAAGUUCUUUAACAUUAAAUGUCAUGCUUCAGGGCUGAGACCAAAUGUGGUGGUACUGGUUGCAACUGUGCGUGCAUUAAAGAUGCAUGGCGGCGGACCAAGUGUAAGUUCUCAAUUCAUAGUUGACAAAAUAACCCUGUUAUGUAAUUUAUGGCCCCUUACAGAGGCACUCUUACAGUCUGACUUUCAUUCACACAUUUGGUCUGAUCAUUUCCUAAGAACCUGAACCUGUGACACUGUAAGGAAAAAUGUCCCAAUCUGCCAGCACAAAGUGGUUUGCUUUUCAGGAACACACUUGUCUUUUUAACUAAUUUACACAAUCACAUUAAAUUCAUCUUUUUUGAACAGUCUAUGGAUCUGUUCAUGUGUACCAUAUUGAUUCACAUCUUUGACGUCUGUGUAAUUUAAAUCCCUUCAAUCUAAAUGUCGGUGAUUCCAUUGUUCACAUAAAAAGAAGUAGGACAUUGAACAGUGAGACAACAUGUCUGGUAGCUCAGGCUGUAAGAGUUUGUGCUGUUCUCCAUUAAAAAAACAAACAAACAAACAAACAAACAGAAAAAAGUGAAUAACCCAGAUCCAUAUAAACAAAUAAUGAUUUGAGAAAUAUGCAUAUCAUUUCUUGGUAUUGAUUGGACUGACUGGAAUAAAUACAAUUAAUUGAAAGCUUUACUUUGAGUCUUUCCAUGAAAUAUUAAAAAAGAGUCACAAAACAGGAAAAAAAAAACUUUUCUCUUAUGCAAGCAAGUUAAUGUGUCAGUGUUUUAUUGAUAUUAUUUUUGUUCUGUUUUUUAGGUGUCAGCUGGUUCACCUCUUCCCAGAGAAUACAUUGAUGAGGUAAGACACAUACUGUAAUAAUUAGUGUUGUGUCAUUCGUGAACAAUUUCUUCAAAAGAACCAAAUCUUUUAAGUGAACAUACUGAACCGAAAAACUUUAGUGAUUAGUUCAUUUCUCACUUCAGUUGAGCUGCCAGUAGCGCAGCUGCCAUAGCACGCAGCAUUGCCGGGCGAGCAAGGGACCACAUGCUUCGACACCUAAGCCACUUGGUGAAUGACUCACGUAGUAAACUUCAAUCUCUGGAACAAUUUUUGUCGUAGGAUACACUUUCAUGGCAACCGUUGUUUCACGUUGUUUUAGUAGCAGUAAUGAGAACAGAGUGAGACUCACAAGCUGGAGCAGGCUCUUGACAGGAGAUGGGGAUAUGUUGUGUUCAAGUGUACCUCGGACAAAACAAACUUUUUUUUUUAACUCUGCUGAAUUACCACCACAACAACUUGCAUACAGUAGGACACAGCAUGUAACAAGUGUAUAAAACCCACAGUUUUAGAAAUGUGUGACUGUCUGAUCCUAUCAUUGCGGCGAUUUGUGAGGGAAUGGUGCAUGUUCAGUGAAUGAAUCACUCACUGAGCCCAAUUUACAGAGUAGACCACGGACACCCGGAUCACGGACACCCUCUCUGUCUGGGUCAACCUCGGACUUUAUGGCCGCCAUGGCGCGCGUAAUGGCACAGGCUGAAAAAAUCUCCGGAAAAUCACGUUCGUUUUCAUCCGCCUUCAACCUCGCCAACAGUGUCGGCGGCCCCACCACGGGUGGUGGUACCCCUGCCCAGACCCUCACCCCCAACAAAUCAUUACCAAGAAUAACAGACACACCUGGAAUAGGCAACGCCGAGCGAGUCCAGCCUCUCCCUGAAAGAAUUCACACUGAAGCAUUACUUUGUGUACAGGAACAGAACUCCCCCGUCUCAGUGUCUUUUGACAAAGGCAAAACUCCUACCCUGGUGUACGAAUAAAACGCUCCCAUGUCCCUCAAAAUAGUCACCAGCACCUUUGUACCGCCUCCCACCAUAGACACGAAACCCUCGGUGAUGAACGGCCGAUAUGAGUCCAACUCCGGAAAGGAAUCGGUAUCAUGCACAUCAGAGGUGACAAACUGACACGCGGGCGCAGCCAAAGCGACCCCUUUCGCAUGAUCCCCAAAAGAGCCCUUAGACUUUGACUGCAGCCACUGACAGUAUGCUUUCCAAUGUCCCCGUUUUUGACAAUAAUUACAUACCUUUUCCGAAUCACUUAAGUGACCACUACCCUGUUUCUCACUCGGAACGUGUUUAAGGGAUUGGCCGAAUGACUCCCUGCUCACACUGCCCAGCCAGGGCUCACCAAAACUACUCCUAUGUGUUAGCACGUUAUCAUCUGCAAGAGCCGCCACCUCAGUCGCGUUUCUAGCUUUGCGCUCAUUGAGGUAGGUCGCCACCCACACUGGCAGUGAAUUUUUAAACUACUCCAAUAUAAUCAGCUCACACAGACCAUCAAAAUCACCAACAUCCGCCGCAGCGCAUCAACGUGUAAAAUGGGUAGCCAAAUCACGUGCAAACUCUAAAUGACACUGCCUGUCUCCCUUUUCCACGAUCUAAAUCGCUGCCUAUAGGCUUCUGGGACUAAUUCAUAAGCCCUAAGAACUGCCGACUUCACCUGAGAAUACGUACGACUCUCCUUCCCCGUUAAUGCUGAACAGGCCUCCUGGGCUCUGCCUGUGAAUACACACUGCAACAAUAGCGUGCGCACCUCAUCUGACCAUUUACGUGCAUCAGCGACCCGUUCAAACAAAGAGAAAAACGACUCUGGGUCUUUCUCACAAAAUUUAGGCAAAAAACGCAAAUUUCCCAACACAUCAAAACUAUCGUUGGACUGACCCACAACAGACUCACUGGUCAAUUCAUCCGUAGCCACCAGCUUUCCCUCUUUCAUUAGUGCCAAUUUUGGCUGCUCAAAUUCCAAUUUGGCCUGCUCCAUUUGCUGACGUAUCCUCUCCACAGCCAGUUCUUUCUCCAGUCUGCUCUCUGCUUGCACUUGUCAUGCUCAAGCUGCAACAGCAGCAGCUCCUUUUGCUGGUCAAAUGUAAGCCCCGCUGCUACUGAGGGCGGAUGCAACUGGGUGGCUGGAGAAACAACUGCCGGAUCCUCAGUCAAAACUUUCCUCUCAAUUUAAAGUUGAAAUUAACACUGCCGUUUAGGCCUGGACGAUAUAGAAAAAAAGCAUAUCGAUAAAAAAGAAAUCAUAUUGAUCGAUAUCGAUAACUAUCAAAAAAAAUUUAACAUAUAUUUUAAUUGCAGCCCUGGAUGUUUUAUGCUAUUGUUUAAUGACCUACUUUUAAUAAAGAACACACAAGCACUGAAUUCAAAUUCAAACCUUUAUUCAACCACCUUUUUUUUUUUUUACCACAACUGAAAGUUUUUUAAAAAAGAACUUAAAAAAGAAAAAGAAAUCAACUGUGGCCUGAGUGAUGUCAGUAAAUACUGACAAACAUAAACACUAAAGUGACCAGAAAAUCUGAUAAAUAAAUAUUUAAAUAGUCUUUUGAUGAAAAUAAACAAAACAAACAAAUAUAUAAAUAAACAGAAUAGCUUUAGGUGGGAAUAGCAUACUACCAGUUUUAACUGUGUGGGAAACUGCCCACAGCCUGGUGUCUGAACACUGCAAUAUUUCUCCUAGGGUCGGGAGAUUUAUUUUUUUUAAUUAUCAUGUGAUUGACUUAAUACGCAAACUGAGCACGAGAAGCAGGACUUAUCCACGCCGGUGUUGUGUCGUAGAAUGCACCCCUGCCGAAUGCCCUCCCCCCGACGAGAGCGCGGUUGAAAGUAUAUUUGCUGUCCCGAAAGUAUAAUGUUCUCUACCUUGACGUCUUACUGUACAGUUUAUAUACCCAAGUACACCUCGAUAUGUGCAUUUUUGAGACACAUUAAAACAGAACGAAAGUUUGCUAGUAGUCAUGAUCCAAGUACUCGCAAAUGAGUGGACGGGAUGCAGGGGUGCAUUCUACGGCACAACACCGGAACGUAUUUCCUCCGCACCCUUCUCACCUUUUCAACCCCUGACCCAUUUUCAUGCCUGAAGAGCUGUGUUUGAGAAAUACUUGCGGCCAGGCACUUCAUAUCGCGGGUCAAGAGUGGCUAGAAGCUGUUUGAAGCCUGGCUUUUCAACUGUAGUUAUUGGCAGUAUGUCCCUCGCUAUGAAGCAUGUUACUGCAUGGGUGAUGUCCUUUUGGUCCAGUUUGGUCUGCUUCACUUGCUUUGUGCUGGUGCUGGCAGCGGUUCCAGAGGAUUCCUCCUCCUCCGACGACGUGGAGCCGCGGCACGGCCGACACAGCUCGUACUCCUUCGGGUGCGACCGGUUUAGAUGGUAAAACAAGUUGGUUGUGUUACCAGACUUGGUUUUUACUAAUUCUCUGCAAAUUUUGCAAACGACCGCUGUUUGCUUUUUGUCAGACUUGUAAAAACCAAAAUAUUGCCAUGCUGGUGAACUACUGAAACCUUCUUUGGGGACAAUUUCCUCCGCUUCUCCUUGCUGUAACAUUUUUUGUAAUACACGUGCUGUCUGUUGUGGUUUGAGAGGGGCUGGGCUUGGUGCCGUAGCGUACCUGGGUCUGUGAUUGGUUGGGAGGAAGUAAUGACUGUAGUAAAAGCUACAUGAUAGGCUAUGAUGAAAAAGAAAGGGAAACUGUGUUUUUCUAUCGAACUUUUUAUCGACCCGUUUUUUUUCUAUCGCACCACACGUCUAUCGAUCGAUAUAUAUUGUUAUCGAAUUAUCGUCCAGCACUACUGCCCUUACUCUCUCCUUCAAACGUUUAUCACCCACAUCAACUUAAUCGUGCUCUGCUAUCUUCAAUAACUGCUCUUUCGUGCACUGCUCGAAAAACUCCUCUGACAGAGAAGCAAAAAAAUCCUCCACAUUUGCCAUCUCCACUUACCAGUGCGGGUGUGUUUAAUCAAUGUAAUGCAACGCGCAGCAAAACCGGCGCAAAACAAAGGCACAGCUAUAAAACGCCCAUGUGUCCCCCCCCCUCUAACUCACUAUCUAACCCAGAAUCUACCUACCUAGAUUCACCUAGUCUUCAUGCAGUUACUAGCGGCGUGUAUUUAUACAGUAAAACCCAAUGGCUAGGAAAAAGCAACCAGAAGCUGGCGACUCCUCCUGAACCACGGACAUGCUCCAGAGCGCAAUGCUCCAACCACAGUCUCCACAGCACUAUUAAAACAACAAACGGGUCGAAAUCCAAAGGGAUAACGCCUCUGAGCCUCACAGGGGGAAGACACGUUUACUCUUUCUGAUGACGUUAAUACACCGGGCCGACAGCACUUACUUUACAUUGUUACCAAUUUUACACCCACACCCAAACAAAAACCUCCCCUUUCAGCCAGCGAAAAAAAAUGACUUAAUAGAAACAAUUGCCCAAAAUAAAUACCACCUUUGCAUCUCCCAAUUCCUUCCGCCGAGCUCAAUGACACUAAACGCGGCCAGCCGGUCAAAACCCCGGGGGAAACCCCCACUACAAGCUAGUGACGUCACUCACGCCGCCAUCUUCCAUUCACAAAAUCAGGCCCACUAAUACUCCUACUCCUUAGCCUACCAUUCAAAGCAAAACGGACCUAAUCAAGACGGACGAGCCCCCACUUUUGUCAUGACCUGGCUCUUCAGCCGCGACAAAAACAACGGAAGAUGCACUAGUUAACGUCACAGUAAGGAAUUUAUUAGGAAAUAGCAAAACAGCAACUUAGGAAGUGAACACAAACAAACCAUGGGGUGUGAGGAUCAGUAGAUCAGUGGUGUGGGUGUGUGCAUGCAUGAGUGAGUAUGGGGUGAAAUGUGUGGUAAAGUGUUGGAUGCGUAAAACACUAAAGAGGAAGCCAUCCGCCCGGAGGAAGGGAGAGAGAAAACCGGUGGAGAAGGCAGGAUAUUUAUAGAUUGGGAGACACUAGGCCCAGGUGCUGCCAACCUCAAUAAACGAUUGGACCGCCCCCUGGUAACCUCCUGCUUGACAGAGGGAGAAAAACAUUAGACACCAGGGAACCGUUACAACCAGAUAAAUAGCAUACCAUAGGACAGUACACUUAAAGCCUCAUGAUUUAUAAACAAGUUCAUUUUUAGAAACCUGUUUGUCAAAGCAACACAGUCACAACACUCUUGUCUCCCGGUCCCAGAAGCUAUGAACUGAACUGAAUCCUGAACCAUUCAGCUGUGGAUCAGUUUAGGAAGUCGGAGUUGGAGGCUCCUCCCACCAAGCGCUGAAUGAUUCAGUAAUUCUGUGAAUGAAUCUUAUGAACAAAUCUUUUUCGUGAACUGAUUCUAGUGAUUCAGUACAUCUAAAAGAACUGCUGUGCUACUAGUAACUACUAGUAAAAAUUAGGGAAAAAUGUGUUCAGCAUUUUAUCCCGAGGAGUUGUUGUGUCUGUCUGGUCUGUUUUAUAACAUAGAGCUUUAAGGUGAGGAUGUUUCAGUAAAAUUAAAGCAAUUCAAACUUAUUGAUCUUUGCAAAACUCAAUUUUUUAAAACAACAUCCUCAUUAAUGGAGAAUAGUUUGUUGGUGUACCAUGUGUUGUGUUUUUGGCUCAAGCUUCAGUGUAAGCUAUUUAUAAUUGGUGGUGCACGGCAUCCUUAAUACAGACUCCUGACGUUCGAUAUUCCUACCAUGCCUUUAGGCCCUCCUACACCCCUGACCCUCUGCAAAUAUGAAGAAGAGCUGUCAAAAUCUCAGAGGCAUGUUUUAUCCUUAGGGUCUGGUGUUUUGUUGAAGUUGGGAAGAAGUAAGGAAAAUCUUGGGAAAUGAGCCAUUAUUUGACACAUUUAUAGGAAUAUUUUAUGUAUGAUGCAAUAAAGUACAUUCAGAUUUUAUUUGUCAAAUAGUAUCUGCUUCAGACCUCCAGCUGUAUUCACACAGACAUUUAAUUUCCCCCCUCUGUGCAUAAAUACUCUGCCCACUAACAUGGUUAAGAGCACUUAUUUGAUUAACAGCACAAAUACAACCUUUGCAUGUGGUUUCCGGACAUUAAGGCUGUAGCAUAAAUAAAGGUGGGAUUCUUCAGAUGUGUGUGUAUGUGACCAUAUCUGGCUGGAAUCACCAGUCGUUCAGCUGAGUCAAUAAUGAAGUAGUAUAAGUUAAUUGUGAAGCAAGUAAUGAGAACCAGAAGUACUGGAGAAAACAGACCAGGGAAUUUAAUUUAUAGACGUGUAUGGUCCCACUUCUCUGUGCUGAGGACUGAGCACACACACACACUCACAAACAUUCACACACACACACACACUUAAAAAGAUUGGAUUACUUUGAUAAAACUUGAAGUAACUUCACAAUUAGGCAUGAAUGUGCUUUAAAGAAACUGCACAUAGUUGAAAACAAUAUGAGAAUGAUGUAUGAAGAACUUAAAGGCACCAGCCUGAUUUAUUGGAGAUUUUUCUAGAGGAAGGAAAAACCUUACACCCAGAGCCACCAUACAUGAACAAGAUUAAUAGUGCCUAAUGUUUACAUAUUCCGGAUCAAAGAAGUAAAAGUAGAUAUUAUCAACAAGGCACAGGUUAGAUUUGGAAAUUUCACAUGCUGAGAGAGUCAUGAAUUGAUCCAAGAUGGUGUGGUGGUAGAUAAUAGCCUGUUACAACAUACAGUACAUGUUAUUUUCUCUUCCUUUUGUUACUUCACAGUUUUUUAGAUUGUGCAUUUCCCCAAUCACCAGUUAAGUAUUGUUCAAAUAGAUCUCUUUACCAUCCCCUUGGUGAAAAAUUCUAAACUAAAGGUCCAAGAUCGUUUUGUUCUGGUUGUUAGUGUGAAAUGCUGCUGGAAAGCUUGCUUUAGUUCAUUGUAUGGAUGAUGUUACAAUGUUACAAUGUUAUUCAGCAGAUGCUUUUAUCCAAAGUAAUUAACAUACGAGAACAAAAACAACACAAGCAAAGAUCUAGACAAGAGGAGACAAGAUCAGUCAGGGCAACAAGUCUGUUUGGAGACAGGUACUGCCAAGCAGUGUAAAAAGGCAGUGCACAACAGUUACAAAGACAUAAAUCCCCAGAGUAUAAUGACUAAGUUUAUUGGAUUCAGAUGAAUUUCAAAUUUCAUUCCUGACUUUGUGCUGUUUGUCAUCUCUAUCUCUUUCAGAAUCUGAGCCUGGUCACAGACGGAUGCCGCAGCAAUCUCAGAAAGCAGAUUAAGAUUGCACAUCUGUUUGGUGUCCCAGUUGUGGUGGCACUCAACGUCUUCAAGUAAGAUGCAAACACGCAAAUCCUUCCUUAUUCUAAUUUUUCAGUGUUUAAUAUUCAAAGUAUUUCAAGAUGGUUUAGCCAAAACAUUUCUCUCUACAAUUUAAUUGUCUUUAACACAAAAUUUGAUGUCAAGCCCUACCUACAACAUUUUUCUCUGAUCCCUUAGGACUGACACCCAGGCAGAAAUUGACCUUGUGUGUCGGAUAGCCAAAGAGUGUGGGGCAUCGGAUGCUGUGCCGUGUCAGCACUGGGCGCAGGGUGGACGAGGUUCCAUAGAGCUCGCUCAGGCUGUGAACAAGGCUGCCAGCAAACCAAGCAACUUCCAAUUCCUUUAUAACAUUGAGGUGAGCACAGAUACUCAGAGGGGAUAUGUACUUAAUUGUUUUACUGUCAGUGAUAAAACAUUUUUUUACACAAAAUAUAGUCAGCUUGGACUCAUGACUUUUGCCUAUUAUGAAUUUUUGAUGAUCCAUAGCCAUUUUCACACUGCAGUUUAAAGUGACUAAUACUUUUGCUUGUAUAUGACACAUGUGACUCAUGUCCGGUCCUUUUAUAGCAGUAUAAACAGUGCAAGCAACAUUUACUCUGACAUUUAAAAAUGGAAAAGUCUGAACAGCCAGGCCAGAAUGAAUGCAACCUUGACAUUCUUGAGUAGCACACCACAGUUCGGGGCAUGUUUAUAGUUCAAUACCUCAUGUUGAUCCAUAGCCAUGCCCCAAAGACUCCUCUCUGGCGAAACACAAACAGCUGAGGUCUGUGACCGCUUUGUUGAGAUUUUGUUUGUGCAAAUUUGGCUCUGUGGUUGGUGAAAGUCUUGCAAAAUUGCAUUGUUCUGACUCUGUACAGUCCAUUGCCUUCCCUCUUUAUUCUUUCAAUUUUGUGAGCUCCUGACCCUUAAAUGCAUUAUGCCCAUGAGAACAUAUACAUAGAAAGAAUAGAAAGAAAAACUAUAUGAUAGCAGCAGGAAAAUGUGCAUAUCACUUCAAAGCUUCAGGAAACACAAGAUUCACGAGAUGAGAGUCUUGACGUUUUUAUGACGCCACACUUAUUUUGUGGCUGCUAUAUUCACUUCUGUUAACAUUACUUGACUUGUGACCUUCCUGAUGUUCUUUUUGGCAUGUGGGUCAGGUUAAGAUUGUGACUGGUUCUACAUUCAAGCCACAUUGAAAAAGUAUUGUGAACACCCAAACAAAAAAAGUUGGCUGUAAGCAAUAGUUGGGAAUAGAGCAUCAAAGACUGCAAUGUGACUGUGACAAAUUUAAGCAGUUAAUGAUGAUGUGUACUUUUGAACUACAGCCAGAGAAUGCAGCAGUAUAAAAACAUCAGAUGGUUUGAGUUAGGGGACUUACAGAGUUGUGACUUGAAUUAACUGAUCUUGUCACGCUGGCAUGCGUGUGAGUGUGCAUGAUCUCAAUUGACAGUGUGCACAUGGCUCUACACAACUAGAAUUAAAUGCAAUAGGUCUGGUUUAUAUUUACUUAUAUUACUUACUUACUUACUUACAUAUACUUAUUAACUUAUGUGAUGUGAAUUUCUGGGAAAUUUUGAAAGGCCCACGGGGGCUACUGGGGUGUGUAUAUUUUGAUGAGAUUCUUUAGAGAUUUCAAAUAAUUAAUACUAUUAAUACUAUUGUGAUAUUAUAUACAAGGAGCACACCAACCACAAUCAUUUAUUUUUCAAGAAUUUAUUUAUACAAAAAAAAACUGAGCUGAACUAGUAGACAUUUGAAAAAAAGCUUCUUUUUUUGUUUGUUUGUCCCAUUGACUUCAGUGCAAAGUUUUUACUUGCAUCACAAAAACUUUAUAUACCAUUGGGAACAGUAAUAGUACACUGAUCCCUAGAAAACUGCACGUUUUGAUAUUUAAUUUGUCCUUCAACUACUCAAGCUGUAGGACUAGUCACGUUUGGAAAUUUGUAUAGGGGCCUGCUGUAAAGUUUGUAGCUUCUCUAUUGCAUAGAUGCCCGUGCCUCAAUGUGUUUGCCCCUGUGGCCCUAAUAAAUCAAAUUAAAUCCAAAAAACAAGAUAAAAGCAAAACAUAAGGAUUUUGAUGAGAGUCAGUUUUUUAUCAUUAAUCAAAUUGCUCUUAAAAUGAUUUAAUGAUGCAGAGAUUUCAGAACAGACUCUAAUUAGUGAAUUGAUCUCAGCUGUGGGCCUGGCCUAAGGCUCACAGGUUGCCACAGCAACUUGAGCUGGUUGCCCUUAACAAUAGACGCACCACAGACUGAGGGAGUCAAAAAGAGAAAAAGAGCAUUUUUUUUUUUUUUUUUUGUCUUGAGCGUAUUCUGACAAAACGGUAGAUCCUGUCCAAAAUAAAGCAGACUAUGGUCAUCAUAAAGACUUUCUAUAUACCUUGAUAUGAUUUUGGUGUUUCUACAGUAAAAAGUUUGGACAUACUUUUGAGUUAUAAACAGGGGUCCCUUCUGCUUCUCUCAGAAAACCUUUGUAUUAGUGUCAAUGAGGAGCAGAGAGAGACAUUGCCACAGAGACAGGCUCAGUGUAAGUCCCUCUGCUUAGAUAAACACACCAUUAAAGACAGAACAAGUGUGUCUACAACCAUCAGAAAAAGUGUAGAGUGUAAUUUUUGGCUGGGAGGAGCGUGGAAAGAGAAAGUUUCAGAAAAUUUCAUGCAACUUCUUUCACUCUAGCUAAUGAUGUCACCCACUCUGGCAUGAAGAUUUCACCCAAUAUAAACCCUUUAUAACCUCAAAAUUACUUAAAAAAAAAAGACUUUUGUAAUAUACAAUAACAUUACAAAACUGUCCGUAUAAGGUGAAAUAAAAGUCAGUAAAGAUAUUAUUCAAAAAAAAUUCUCCAGAAAACGAUGAUGGUCAUUGAACAUAGAGUGAUCAAAAACUACAAUAUCUAUCAAAACGUGGGUUGAUACACCCAUAGACAAGACUUGUGUCUACAUUUUAAAGUUUGAAAAGUUUGAAUGAAGUCUCUAGGUGAAAGUAUGCUGGAGCAGUAGAUGUUUGAAAAACUCCAAUAAUUGCUCGUUUUUGGCUUGGCCCCCUGACAUCAGUGCAAAAUUCUUCUCCUGUUUUUCACGACUUAUGUCGUGUGAAAUUCAGAUACAAUAGAGAGAAGUAAAAGCACAAAGAUCCUGAUUGAACUGCACAUUUUAAUUUUGUCCUACAACUCUUCAAGCUGUAGGACUAGAAGCGAAUUGAAAUUUGUCAGGAAGAGGAAUAAGCCUCUAUAGUAUAGGGGCCAGUGCCUUGGUGUGUUUGCCCUAUGGCCCCAGUUAAUCCAGUUUUUAUUCCUUUAUACAAAUUUGCAUUAGGGUCGUAUGGAUAAAGGGCACUUAGUUUAGAGGAAGCCCCAAAGGUCUUGGAACAGACAGUUUGUUUUAGCAGAGCGUGUUGUAGAUAGUAGCAGAUAAAAGGGUGUGGGGGACAUCAUGUCACAGGAGGGUGUGAGAACUGUGCAGCAUGUGAUUAUUACCCAUGCAGUAGUGAUCCAUCCUACAGAGCGCCUCACUUCCAAGCCAAACUCCCCAAAUAAACCUUGUUUUUGCAGAAAAUUGCAUUUCUUCUUUUCCUUCAAAAUCUCUGCUGCAUCCUAUUUCAUCACCUCUUAUGUUGCAAAUUUAGAAUCUCAGCAAUCCACAGUUAUACAGUUUAUAUAAUUAGUUGAUGACAAUGAUGCCGCAAUUAACCUCCCUUGGUCCCAUCAACACUGGCUUUGAAAAACAGAACUGAGUCAAACAACUUAAAAGACUUAUAUCUAGAUCACAGGGAAAAUGAAAGCAAAAGUAGACUUAAAUAGUAAUUUAUCCAUUAAGAAAUAAUAAAAGAUGAAUAUAUCUUCACUGUCAGAAACACAAACUGAUCCUGACCAAAGACAGGCUCACUGGCCUGCAGCUUUUUAGAGCCUGUGUCAAGUAACUGCCUUUUCUGCUCUGGCACCAACCACAGAAAACAAUGUCAGAGCACUUCCCACCAGUGCAUUUUGUUGUUAUGAAAAUUGUUCUCCAAUACUCACAAUUCCCUAGCUAGUGACCAAUAACUCUAUUUAAAAUGCUCUGUUUUUGUUACAUUUGCCUUUGUUUAAUGUAACUUUGCAAAAAGAAUGUGUAAUGAUUUGAAAAAAAAAAACUACUAAUACUGUCACGACAUUAACAGCAACUCCUAACCUGAAAAUGGUGCCCUUGAAAAAUGAGUGUGGUUAGAUUUUCCUUCAGUCUUCUUAAGUCUUCAAGGGUCCUCCAAUAGCACUAUUCAAAGUUGAAUAAAACAAACAAAAAAAAGUAUUUAUAUCAAACUAAAGACAUAAAAUUUAGAUGUCAAAUACAUAAAAUGAUGAGAUUUGCCCUGGUAGUUAUGCCUUGGUGUAACUUUAUGUAACUGCCAUCAUCCUGAUUAAUCUUAACUGAUUCUAACUUUCAAUGACUGAAGAGCUUUUGUGUGUCCCUAGCCUGGCUGGGCCAUCUUGUUGCGUGAAUCACUUGAUGUUCCUUCCCACCACAGUCUGGACUUCGGCCCAUAGAGAUCGUGUAUUCCCGAUCAGAAAAUAACCGGGCCAAUCAGAGACCGUGUUUCCACUGUGACCCGGACAACAGGGAAAGGCAGCCCCUGAUUGGUCCAUGUGUAGUGGUGACGUCUAACACAUGCUGCAGGACUUUUCAAAGUCCCGUUCAUCCAGAACGCCGUUAAUUCUGCAGUUGACUCUGCAAAGUCAGCAGAAAUCGUUUAUAUCCAACGUCUUCUGCAGGGGCUGCCUUUCCCUGUUGUCCGGGUAACAGUGGAAACACGGUCUCUGAUUGGCCCGGUUAUUUUCUGAUCGGGAAUACAUACUCUCUAUGGGCCGAAGUCCAGACUGUGGUGGGAAGGAACAUCAAGUGAUUCACGCAACAGGAUGGCCCAGCCAGGCUAGUGUGUCUCUGCCUCACUGUCUUUUCCAAAGAUGCCCAUAGUGGAGAAGAUCAGAACAAUUGCCCAGAAAGUGUAUGGAGCUGAUGACAUCAAGCUGUCUCCAGAGGCCCAGACCAAGAUAGAUUACUACAAUCAACAGGUGAGAUCCAUGUUGCUGCUGCAGCAAUAAUAACUAUCUCACACAGUGAAAGGACUCAUGCGGCUCAUAUUCUAUCACUGGCUCACUUUCUCUCUAAUAUUUACUGCUUUUCUUUUCCUUUAUUUUGAAAACAGGGUUAUGGUUCGUUGCCCAUCUGCAUGGCUAAGACUCACCUGUCACUGUCCCACAUGCCUGAUAAGAAGGGCGUUCCUACUGGUUUUGUUCUGCCAAUCAGAGAUGUCCGUGCCAGUAUCGGGGCUGGUUUCAUCUACCCUCUUGUGGGAACGGUAUGCACACAGAUUCAAAUAGUACAGAGCAGCAUGCUAAUGUUAGCAUAGUCCAAAUCAUAAGAGCGUGUUUUACUUGUAUUGGGUCCUGUCUCCUACUUUUCCUCAUAGCCAUAUAACCAAGCUGGUCAGAGUUGAGCCAGGCCAGCUGGCCCAUCAUUGACCUCUUGGUCAAUGAUGGGCAGAGGCAGGAAGGAAGCAGCUUCCUGAGUAUUUUGCCUCCUGCUGUUUCACCAGCAUGCCCUGAGGUUGAGGUUUUAAUAGGCUAGGGCAGAGGUGUCAUACACCAGGCAUGCUGGGAUGGCAUGGCAGCGUCUUGGUGUGGCGUCUGUCCACUCUCCCAAAAUUGCCUUUGAUCUGCUGUGGCCCUCAGAGCCACUGACACACUGACAACCCUUAAGCUGUGACUCCUAACCCAAAGGCAGUCUCCUCUUUGCUCUUUGAACUUUUGGGCUCAGUGUCUUUCUGCCUGACUAGUCCACAGAUUGAGUUCUUGAAGUUUGACAGAGAAGAAGUCAGACUGAAUUUCAAUGUCUUACUUUAAAAACAAUACAGACAAUGUUAUACAUGAUUAUUGUUUUGAAUAUGAAAUUUCUCGAAUACUUUGAGAGGUGAAUAGCCACUAAAAUCCAAAUGGUGACCCCAGGAUCCUUUUCAGAUUUUAAGAAAUGCUGUUAAAUUAAACUUGAAGGCAAAAAUGCACCAAAGGCACCAUGUCAAGAGGGCCUUCAUGUGAGUCACCACAUUACUGUCCUCCCUACCAUCAUUUAAAGGUCCCAUGGCAUGCCAAUUUCACACAACUUAAAAUAGUCCCCUGGUGUGUUAAAAGCAUGUCUUUGACGUCCUUCGGUCAAAAUUCAAUUUGGAUAAAUUAUUUUAGUGCUCUUUUUAUCAGCUAAAAACAGCUCCGCUCAAAAUCCUCCGUUUUGGGCCAUGUCUCUUUAAUGAAAUGAGCUGAUGGGGUACCUAAGCCACGUCCACUUUACACCCAUCUCUCUGGAAGGGGCUGUGGCUGUGCUCCGAUAGCCAUGUGCUAAUGUUUACACUGGCUCGGUCAUGGCUGCAAGAAGAUCGCUCGUACAACCCUACCAGUUUGAGCCAGAGUCUGACCCAGAGGGAGAGGCUCCGGAAGAAACUCUUAGCCGCGUUCAGGCCAAACGCGACUUGAAGCGACCUAGUCGACACAUCCUAUGUAUUAUUCAAAGUCGCCAGGAGGGUCACGCUUAAGGAGGAAGAUAUGAAAAACUUCUCUGAAGCCUUUGCUAAUUAAUAGGAUGGCUGACCGUCCAGCAUUCGCCGGGACAUCCCGUAUUUGAGCCAAAAGAGGCGCGUCGCCGCACGGGUAAAUGCUAAAGCUACGUGCUGCUCCGGAGGGGGAUUUUGUCCCCCGCCGGCGGAGUUGUCGGGGAAGAAGCGAGCGGCUAAAAUACGAGAGGAUCCGGUAAACCGGCGCGGAUCCGGUGUGUUUAUCAAAGCGUGGUGGCCGUGCUGAGGCACCGGAGGGAAUUUAGGCUAAACAGUAAGUAAAAAUAAAACGUUUACACUUACAGAUGCCACGUUUGUAGUAGGAUCACGGAUAGUUGGUAUGGAUCCAUUCUUUAUCUUCAGACAUCUAGCAAAUCCAGCGUUGAACUGUCCCUCGUUGAUAAAACAGUCCGAAGUGAAAUGGUGCGCACAUACAUGCAGAUAUUUUGGAAGUGCCACGGGUACAAUCCUAUUAUAAAUAAAAUCCACCCAUUGAGUCCUCAAAUCCUCCGACGAGGGAGUUUUCAAAAGAGUUUUGUGCUCGUUUGUGCAGCCAACAACAGAGCAACUGCUGCCUCUUUUUCAGAUCGUACUUUCGCCAUGGUUCUAACUGGAGCAAUGCGAGCGAGCGGCCGGGAAUAAUGGCGCUGUUUUGAUAAUUUUUUGGGCAGGGCAGUGGGCAGCUCCAUGGGCAGUACCAUCAACCCGCCAGCACUGACAUGACGUCAUGUCAGUGGAGUUUUCAGAACAGCCGGCUCUGAGCACACAGUUCCUAAAUACGGAGAUAACUAAAAAAUGACUGGAUGGAAUUUCUCGAACUUGGGGCGAUUGUAGCGGUUUUCAAUCCCUGAUAUGCAUCCCCCUCCCGUUAACAAAGUCUGUUUUUCAUGCCAUGGCCCCUUUAAACUUUGAUGUUUUGCAUUCUAACUCAGUGAGCUGUCUCUUGUCACACUUGACUCCAGGAGGUGAAAAGAUCUCCCCAAAGGAGCUCACAAGGCCAUGAGGGCGUGAGUGCAAGAGAGAGGUUUGAAGGUGGGGUGGGGGGUUGAGAGUCUUUACAGUGUGAAGAAUCAGGAAGGGGCUGAUGUCAUUCCUCAGAGGUGUUGAAGGAGGGGUCGCAGGCAGAACAAUAGAUCUCUGUAGAGUCCAUAUCCCGUUAGAGCUGCCUCUAUACAGUUGCCAUGGACUGGGGGUGCAGAUGGGAUUUUAAAACUGGGGCGGACCAAGCUGUCAGCAAAUGAUUUCAACUAUUUUGUAACUAUUACUAUUUUGUAACUAUUUUGCACAGUAAAUCCCGUCAGAGCCCACCACGCUGGGCUUUACCGGGCUCUCGGCAGCUCUCACCAAGAGUCCGGCAAUGUUUGGUCAUUGCAGGGCGGCGCUUUGUUAUUAAUCCUCCGUUUUACCGGAUUUGUUAGGUUUGCUCCCUUGUGCUGGUAAAGUGUGUGUGUGUGUGUGUGUGUGUGUGUGUGUGUGUGGGGGGGGGGGGUCGGUGUCACAAGAAUUCUGAAGGGGACGUGUCCCCCAGUCCCUGGUGCUAUCUCUGUGUGCCAUGUGACUGUGUGUUGUCAGUGUUAUAGACUUAUGAAGACUCUUCUCUUUGGAUGAAUACAAAACAUUUGACACAGCUGGUUAAUGUUAGGCAAACUGAAAGUUAGUUAAAUGAAGAACUUGAGCAUUAUCCAUGACCAAUAGCUCACAAGAUCAAAACACUUUCUUUGUUUCUAUAACUUAAUUCUAUUAUGCUUAAAAAAUCCUAUAAACACACUCAAGCUAUGUUUCUUCUUCUGUAAUUUGGAGAAUUGAAGAAAUGUUAUUUCUUCAGAUUUACGGGUACAACGCAUAACAAUUUAUUACAAAAAAGAUCAGUUGAUGUUUGUCUUCCAAAGCAUGUAUGAUUUUCUUUAUCUUGGACAUGCUGGAGCUGAUUAUGAGGGAUAUCUGACAACUUGUCACUGUGAUGUUCACAAUGCUUCCCCUAGUAGCCAGAGCAGAGUGCUGGUUUGCCUAGAUUAUGAACUCAGUGGGUCAUUCUCACCACCGACCUCACACAUUAGUUACAGCUAUUCAUGCAAAUAUACCAAUUUGCCACAACAUUACAUCUGCCUGAUAUUGUGUAGCCCAGAGGCAAAACAGCCCUGACCGGACAAGUCAUGGACUUUUAACAGAUCUCUGUUGGUGUUCCAUGGUGUCUGGCACCAACAUGCUAGCAGCAAAUCCUUUUCAAGUUCUGAAAGUCAUAAAGGGAUGAUUAUGUCAAUCAGAUCUGGUUGACCAGCUCACCCCAUAGAUGCUGGCUGAAUGAGAUGCGAGGGGUUUGGAGACCAGUUUAAAACCUCAAACUCGCCAUUGUCUUUCUCACGGCUACUGUCCUCUUGCAUUGCUCGUUGGUGUAGCUGUGAUGCUCAAGUGUCCAAUGGAGGCUAGUUUUACAGGGGACAAAUGCAGAACAGAAGAAAGCAUAUGUGUAGGGGACAUUGAGUCCGAAUGGGCUCUGUUCCGCUCUGCCAUUGAUGAAGCCGCUGUUGCAAGCCGUCAGGCUGAAGAAGGAGGCCUACAGGUCAUGGUUGGUCUGUGGGUCUCCGGAAACAGUAGAACAGUGCCGGUUGGCUAAGCGGUCUGGGGCCGGGGCAGUUGCAGAGGCAAAAACUCGGAGUUUGGUAAGGCCAUGGAGGAAGACUUUCGGUUGGCUCAAAAAAGGUUCUGGCAAACUGUCCGGCGUCUCAGGGGCGGCAGACGGCAACAUGCUCACACUGGGGCAGUUCUUCAGCGGUGGAAGGAAUACUUUGAGAAGCUCCUCAAUCCUACCGACAUGCAUUCCCAAGGUGAAACAGAGUUGGAGGACCUGGAGGUGGAUCUUCCAAUCACUGGGGUGGAAGUCGCUGAGGUAGUAAAACAACUCUGUGGCGGUGGAGCUCCGGGAGUAGAUGAGAUCCACCCAGAGUGUCUGAAGGCUCUGGAUGUGGUGGGGCUGUCCUGGCUGACAAGCCUCUACAACAUAGCAUGGAAAAUCGGGGCAGUGCCCUUGGAGUGGCAAACAGGGGUGGCUGUCCCUAUCUUUAAGAAGGGGGACCAGAGGGUGUGUUCCAACUAUAGGGGGAUCACACUUCUCAGCCUCCCCGGGGAAGGCUUACGCUAGGAUGCUGGAAAAGAGGGUUGAUCGAUAGUUCAACCUCGGAUCAAGGAGGAACAAUGCGGUUUUCGUCCCGGUCGCAGAACUACGGAUCAACUCUUUACCCUUGCUCGGGUUCUUGAGGGGAGAUGGGAGUUUGCCCAACCAGUCCACAUGCGUUUUGUGGACUUGGAGAAGGCCUACUACCAUUUCCCCAGGGGAAUCCUGCUGGGGGUGCUCCAGGAGUACGGGGUGGAUGGUUCUUUAUGGUAGGUGGGGUAGGCAGGAAUCCGCUAAAGAAGCAUCUUUUUUUGUGGUGUAUAUACAAAAAAGCUUUUAAUAUCAGUCAAUAACUAUUUGUCAUUGAUGACAUUUGGUAAUAUAAUGAUAUCGCUGUGUCAACAUUUUAAAAUUUCAGAGCGCUCCACUCUUUCUGACUGUAAACAAAGCCAUUCCCUGCCUCAGAUGCUGCUUUCCCGUGUCGUUCAGGAGCCCAAACAAAGUUAGCGUGCUACAAUAUCAGAUAUCUACGUACUGACCCUCACCUAUAGUCAUGGACUUUGGGUAAUAACCGAAAGAAUGAGAUCGUGGAUACAAGCAGCCAAAAUGGGUUUCCACCGCAGGGUGGCUGGGCUCAGCCUUAGAGAUAAGGAGGGUAAGGAUCUCGGACACUUGAGAGGCGCUCAGAGUAGAGCCACUGCUCCUCCACGUCGAGAGGAGUCAGCUGAGGUGGUUCGGGCAUCUGGUUAGGAUGACUUCUGGACGCCUACUGUUAGAGGUGUACCGGACAUGUCCCACCAGGAGGAGACCUCAUGGCCGGCCCAGGACCAGGUGGAGGGAUUAUAUCUCUCGCCUGGCCUGGGAGCGCCUGGGAAUCCCCCAGAGGUGCUGGUGGAAGUGGCUGGGGUGAGGGCUGUCUGGACUUCCCUCCUGAAGCUGCUUCCCCCGCGACCUGGACCCGGAUAAGCGGAAGAAAACAAACAAACAAACAAACAAACAAACAAACAAACAAUCUUAUUUUUAUUAGAUGCGUGUCAAAGGAAAGAAUGUGAUGAUUUCAUAUUUGUGAAGACAAAGUCUGGAUGCUUGGUUUUCAUUUAGCAAGAUUAGAGGGAAGAUAAUGUGUAAAAGGUUGCCUAGUAUUAUAAAAGAGGUUGUCAUUACCUUAUAAUUUCGCGCUGAGGUGUUCUAUGGAGAACCUUAAAGGGUUCUGUGAACCACUGUGUGUCUGAGUUAGGUUGCUUGGGGGCUUUUUUAGUACUGGACUACACUACACUGCAUGUGUCAGUGUUCUGACAGCUUUCUAUCAGAACUAGGAACACUGCACUCGGUCAGCCCCCCCCCCCCCCCCCCACACACACACACACACACAACAAGCAGCUGCUGGAGGAGAAAGGGUGAAUUGUGUUUGGUCUCUUUGCUAGAGAAACCAGGCAAAGCUAGUAGAUGCUAGUUGAUGGCUAGUACUAUGGCUGGGACCCUAUAUGUACUGUUGAUAAAGUUAGGUCCUCUUCUGAGCAUUAUUUGUGGCUAUAGAGUGUUUUUUUGGUUGAGGUUUGCACGUGGAGACGUAGACAGCUGUGUAUUGCUAUUGUGCAGUUGUUGAUGAAGGUGGUAUAUCUAGAGAAGCAAGCGGUCAGCAACAUUCAUCUCUCGAGGGGGUGUCUAACUUGGUGUUGUGCUGUGUUUGACCAAUACUUAAAUCUAUGCCGAAAUAAGAAUAAGAAUAAGAAGAACUUUAUUGAUCCUCGAAGGGAAAUUCAAUUGUCUGUUGUCUCACGUAAUAUGUCUAUAAAAGUUAUCUAUUAUUUACAUAAGAGUUAUGAAGCCUGAUGGCUGUUGGUACAAAAGAUCUUCUAAAUCUCUCUGUCCUGCAGCGAAGAGGGAGAAGCCAUCCACCACCAUUUGCCCUUUGGUCCAUCAAGGUGUUGUGAAGUGGGUGAUCCGUGUUCUUGAGAAUAGUCUCCACCUUCCUCAGUGUAGAUCUCUCUACCACAUCCUCCACUGAGUCCAGCUUGAGCCCUACCACAGAGCCAGCCUUUUUCACCAAAGACUGAUGAAACAUCUGCAGCGUCUUACUACAGAUGUCUAUUGAUCGGAGUCUUCUCAGGCAAAAGAGGCGGCUCUGCCCCUUUCUGUAGAUGUAAUCUAUAUUCUUAGACCAAUCCAACUUAUUAUCCAGAUGUACACCUAGGUAUUUAUAUGAUGUCACCACUUCGGUGUCCACUCCACAGGUGUUCACUGGCUGAAGAGGUGGUUUGGAUCUACAGAAGUCUAUGACCAUCUCCUUUGUCUUUGAGGUGUUGAGGAGGAGGCAGUUUUUGUGACUCCAGUCACUGAAGGCUCUUAUUAGAUCUCUGUAUUCAGCUUCUUGUCCAUUUCUGAUACAUGCCACAAUAGCGGUGUCAUCUGAGUAUUUCUGGAUGUAGCAGGAGUCAGUGCUGUAUUUGAAGUCUGACGUGUACAGUGUGAACAGGAAUGGCGCCAGCACUGUCCCUUGUGGAGCCCCUGUACUUAAUAUCCCUUUAAGUAAAAAAAGUAAGGAUACUUGAGUUGGCCACACAGACCUAACUCCAUUCCAUUAAGCACUUGAUAUACAAACUUUGAGUCCCCAGUUCUGUACAUUGGUAAAAAGAUUGAGAAAAAAGAAUGAAAAAUUAAAACAAAAGAAAAAAUCAAAAACUGCAUCAAAACCAUUCACUCUAAAAGCUGUUACAAAACAUUUGAAAUUUUUCAAAGACAGAGCUACUUUAAAGCUCGUCAGGAGUUUUUCGAUGUUUAUGAAAUCUUUUUUUUUUUUUUUUUCAUGACAUCCAAAAGCAAAUAUGAUCAUCAGUGACAAGAUUUACAAUUUUUAUAUUGUAAUUUUCAAUGCUCAAACCAGUGGGAGGUUGUAGGUGUCAGCUAAGCAGCUGAAGAAAUUAAUUAAAAGUUCCACAUAAAAGAUUCACAAUAAAUUAUACAUGUGAUAAGCAGAAGUCAACAGGGAAACAGUUUAGUCAGAUUACUCUAUGAAAGCAUGAGGAAAAGAUAAGUAAAGACUACUUUCUCCACAGGGAGCACCAAAGUUCCCCUUAGGAACUGUAAAAAAGAAAUUCUUAAAGACGAAGGAUUUGACUGAGGCAGAAGACAAAGAAGUACCGAUUUUUUUUUAAUGGCUUUGUCCUUUACAUUUUUAAUCAGUGUUUGUUAUUAUUAUUAUUAUUAUUAUUAUUAUAGUCUUUUGACCUUGACCUUCACCAUGGAAAACGUGGGGGAAAAAUCUGUGAGUGUGUCAUCCCCAACACUUGUGCUUAAACAAUGACUUAUAUGUAUAAGAGUUAACAUUUAAGUAAGUAGGUAUGUCUACUUAGCUAUUAUAAAUUAUGUUCUCAGGAAGUAGGCUGUAUUUGCGAAAUGAGAUCGUGUUGGUUCGUUCCACUUUAGUGGUGCAACAUAAACUGUGAUUCAUAAAAUAGCUAUAUUGAUAGUAAGUACUAUAAAAAAUAUCUACUCAUGUCAUCCAGUUGAUUUUUAGUAAUCAGUGUUACAGUGUCGAACUAUUUCCUUUCUGUGGUGUAGUGAUACUUGCACACGCGCAAUUGAAUAUGCAAAGGGGUGAAGCGAUUUUUGUCACGUGGACCAAUAGGAGCCGAGUCUCAUUGCCAUAGUAUCAGAACAACACAAACAUGGCGACGAGCGCAUCUAGCAAUAGGACAAGCGAAGAGGAAGAAAAGAAAAGGAAAAAAGGAAAACAGCCUUCAAAAGUGCAUAAAAAAGGAACGAAACUAUGCUGUAUGCAUCUAUCAUCUGUCCAGGGCAAAGACGUUCUCGACUUUACAAGGACACGUUGGGAAACUUACAGAACUAGUAUUAGAAAGUGGCUUUCUCUACAGGGUGAGACAAAGGACCUUGCAGAAACUUAUAAACAUUGCGUUGAUAUCGACUUUGACAAUGUUCCUGAUGACACUUGGUUUCACAUGACAUGUUACCAGCGAUUUAUUUGAGAAAGGCGUUUGAGUUUGGAAGAAACAAGAACGUGAUGCAGCUGCAGGUCAGUCAAACCCUUCAGCCAGCAUCACCGAUGCAUCCACAUCCACGGCAUCUGAAACUCCGCGAAAGAAAUUCGCUCAAGGUCUUAGGCUGUAUUGAGACAAAGGACAAGACAAAGUGCCUAGAAAGUGAAUUUCGUUGCACUACGCUGGGGCUACUUGUUCAAUGCAUUUUUGCAUAGACAAUACCCUUCUGGACUUCGGGUUAAAAUAUCUACUCAGACUAUCUGUCAGACUUUUGUCACCAGCCAGAAAUGUACAUAUAUGUGAGUAACACAAAAAACGAUUAUAUGGUGCUGCUGUUUUUGCUUGUAGAAACUGCUAUGUUGAUUCUGGCAAGACAAAAUCUUUCUCAAAUGUCAUAAAUACAUGUACCUAACAUCUGAAACAGUUAUUGGUGCCUUAGUGUACGCAUAAGUGAAUUCAGAUUAUGAAAUGUAGCAAAUUUCUUGAAGAAAACGUCUCAACUCAAGUGAUUUGCACCCAGCACAAUGAAAUAUAUACAGUUAAUUUAGCUAAAAGCUUAUGUUUCAUACAUAAAAAUGACACAACCUACUGUCUAAUAAAAGCAAUAAAACAUAAACAGCACACCAUGGCCAUAAAUGGCUGAAAAUCAAUCAAAUUGCUACCACGCCCCUAAAAUUGGAAUAAUGGAAAAAAUUUAACAAGACAAAAAUAAAUGCACAAAAGGUCUGAAUUAAUUCAAAAUGUGGUAUAAAACAUUUAUUCAAGUAUCACAGUGUCAAAACAUCUUUUCUUUUGUCUCAAUACAUACAUUUUCAUAUCAUGAGGGAAUGCAACCUGAGGUCUGAAGUCAGUCUUCUGCUAUCAUUGUUCUGAAUGGACACCGUCAUAAAAUAUGAUGCACCGAUAUUGAAUUACUCUACAACAUCUCAUAGUCUGACUCAUCUGUAGUCAAUCCAGAUUGAUGGGAGUGGUCAGAAUAGUAUUAUGUGACAACAUUUACCACUGACAUUAGACCACACAACGAACAGAGUCAGUUAUCAUUCGCUAUGUCAGAUUGUGUGAGCAUGUUCUCCUCAUUUUCUCCCUUCGUUUACAUGCAGAGCCAUUUCUCCUCAGACAGGAAAUUGGCCGGUCACUUCCCUCUGUCUCAUUACCACUAAUGGGCUCAUAAAACUGGCCCUUGGUCAGAGGAGGGGGAGGCAUGCAAAGAAUGUCACUGGCUGUCUAAUGAGCAAGAUAUUUCAGCCUGGGCAAGAUGAUCUAGCUGGUUUUUGGGAGAGGAAAGUGAUUUACGGAGGACCAGAUGAUUGACAGCAGGCUUGAAAUCAGCCUGCUAUAGACUUUUUUUCCACAGCAAGUACACACAGUGAGUGGCAUGUAUCACUGUUAAAAGACACAGGAUGAGAAUUUGGUCUGAUAACACUACUCGCACAUGUACAGGACAGAUAUGAGGUAUCACUUUAUAUAUGGAAUAAGAAUAGCUUUAUUGAUCCCUGAAGGGAAAUUCAAUUGUCUGUCAUCUCAUUUGUCAUGUCUCAAAAGUCAUCUUAUAUCUAUAAAAGAGUUGUAAAGUCUGAUGUCUGUAGGUACAAAAGAUCCUCUGAAUCUUUCUGUCCUGCAGCGAAGAGAGAGGAGCCGUCUACCACCAUUGGCCCUUUGGUCCAUUAAGGUAUUAUGAAGUGGGUGAUCCAUGUUCUGUAGAAUUGUCUCCACCUUCCUCAGUGUAGAUCUCUCCACCACACCUUCCACUGAGUCCAGCUUGAAUCCAACCAUAGAGCCAGCCUUUUUCACCUGUUUGUUUCUUCUCAGGCAAAAGAGGCAUUUCUGCCCCUUUUUGUAGGUGAAGUCUACAUUCUUAGAGCAGUCCAACUUAUUAUCCAGGUGUACACCUUGGUAUUUAUAUGAUGACACCACCUUGAUCACUGGCUGAAGAGGGGGUUUGGAUCUACGGAAGUCUAUGACCAUCUCCUUUGUCUUUGAGGUGUUGAGGAGGAGGCAGUUUUUGUGACUCUCGUCACUAAAGGCUCUUAUUAGAUCUCUGUAUUCAGCUUCUUGUCCAUUUCUGAUACAUGCCACGAUAGCAGUGUCAUCUGAGUAUUUCUGGAUGUAGCAGGAGUCAGUGCUGUAUUUGAAGUCUAAUGUAUAUAUUGUGAACAGGAAUGGCGCCAGCACUGUCCCUUGUGGAGCCCCUGUACUGCUCAUUAAUGUCACAGAAACACAGUCCCACGGCCUGACAAACUGUGGCCAUCCUGUCAGGUAAUCUGUGAUCCAGGAAACACAGACAUGAUCCACUCCCAUAUCUGUGAGCUUAUCUUUGAGUAUGGUGGGUUGGAUGGUGUUGAAUGCACUUAAAAAGUCGAAGAACAUGAUCCUCACAUAAACCCCAGGUUCCUCCAGAUGAGACAGGGCACUGUGAAGCGUGUAGAGGACAGCAUCAUUCACUCCAGUGUGUUCUUUGUAUGCAAACUGCAGGGAAUCCAGUUUGUCUUUGACCUCAGACCUCAGAAAGCGCAGAAUCAGCCACUCUGGGGUUUUCAUGAUGUGUGAAGUGAGGGCCACUGGUCUGUAGUCAUUGAGUUCAGCAGGACAUUUUGUAUUUGGUACGUGCACAAUGCAGGAUGUUUUCCACAGAGCAGGUACUCGCCCCAGCUGUAGACUCAGGUUGAAGAUCUUGUGGAGAGAUUGACAUAGUUCUGCAGCACAGUCUGUAAUCAGACUUGGACACACACCAUCUGGGCCAGCUGCCUUCCCAGGGCAAAGUCUUCCAAGCUCCAAUCUCACCCCUGUUUUGGUGACAGACAAGGACUGGUGUUCUAGGAGGGAGGUAGCUGAAGUGGUUGAGACAUUUGAACAAGAUGGAGGAGAAAGGGGAGAAGUUGUAGUGGAGACUGUUGUGGAGAGGAAGGAAGAGUAGCAGUGGAGGUGGGUGUGACAGCAGUGUCAAAUCUGUUGAAGAACAGGUUGAGUUCAUCAGCUCUUUCCACAUCACCCACCACUGGCUGUCUUUUCUUUUUAUUGCUGUGUCCAGAGAUGGAACUGAUUCCUCUCCACACUUCAUGGAUGUUGCUGUGUUGUAGAUUCCUCUCCAUCUUCUUUUUGUACUCCAGCUUUGCCAUCUUCAGUCUCCUCUUCAACCCUUGUUGCACUUGUUUGAGUCGUUCCUUGUCACCAUCUCUAAAAGCUGUCUUUUUCUGGUUAAGGAUUGCUUUUAUGUCACUUGUGAUCCAGGGUUUGUUGUUGGGGAAUCAGCGAACAGUCUUUGUUGGUAUAACUGUGUCUCUACAGAAGUUGACAUAUUCAGUGAAGCAGUCAACCUGUCUGUCAAUGUCCAUACUAUCCUCAUCUGUUUCCAGCAGCACAUGCCAGUCUGCUAAUUUAAAACGGUCCCUUAGAGCUUCACUAGCUUGAGGUGUCCAUCUUCUGAUUUUGACUUUGGUUCAUAGCCUGCCUCAGCAAACAAGGUCUGUAACAGGUCUGUAGAUAGACCAAGUUAUGAUCUGACUUGCCCAGUGAUGAUAAGGCAGUGGCUCUGUAGGCUUCUUUGAUGUUGGCAUACAGCAGAACCAGGGUUUUAUGUUCUCUGCUAGGACAGUUCACAAACUGUGUAAAUAUUAUAGUGUGUUCCAGUUGUUCUCUGAGGUAGGAAUUUACGAGCUCCGAGUCAGAACUUUCAACUGCAACACACGUCGAGAUCGAAUUUCCGACUCGGAAAGUCGGACGAGCAACACAGCCCCCGAGUUGACGUAUAAAGAUGGCGGCGCCAGUUGUAGACUGUAAGUUGAAGCUCCUGUUAAAAUCCUUUUAAUAAUAAUGAUGACCACUUGUCUUUUAAGGAGCACACUCAAUAUGUUGUAAAAAAGCUGAAACUUUUAUUGGGAUUUUUCUAUAGAAAUAAGUCUUGCUUUUCCUUUCAUGUGAAACAGAAAUUGGUGCAAACAACCUUUUUGCCGGUUAUUGAUUAUGGAGAUGUGUUGUAUAUGGAAGCCUCUGCUAGUUGUCUCCAUAUGCUAGACAGUGUGUACCAUGGAGCACUGAAGUUCAUUACCAACUGCGGUCCCCGUACUCACCAUUGUGUACUAUAUUCUAUGGUUAACUGGACAUCUUUACAUGCUCGACACCUCUGUCAUUGUUAUGUGUUCAUUUACAAAACCAUUCUGGGACUCAUUCCAGCCUAUUUGUCUUGUUUCUUAACUAAGAAACAAGGAAGCCACAAUCUUUGUUCGAUGGAUGUUCUGCAAUUUGUUACCCCCAAAGUACGAACUGAACUGUGCAAGAAAGCAUUUAGGUUUGCAGCACCUGCCCUCUGCCCUCUUGGCCAGGUCUCCCUUGAAAAAGAGAUCUUUGAUCUCAAUGGGACUUACCUGGUUAAAUAAAGGCUAACUAAAAUAAAAAAAUAACACUUUUCACUAUUUAUUGUCGCAACAAGUCAGCCUUGUCAGCCUAUGGAAAUAGUGUCAUAGUGUAAUUUACAUUUUUCAUGUGUAUAUGCGAACUACAAAGUCAGCCAUGCUAACAGUGGCUAACAUAGGCUAACUGUUGCCUGGUAGUUUCAGCUGGUGUUUUUUUUUUGUUUGUGUGUAUGCAGUUGUUAAGAGCACUCGCCCGUUAUUAACUAAUGACCGAUCAAACGGCGAUGGAUACUUUUUGUAAACAAUGAAAUAGGCAACCUUCUGCACCUCUGUGUUUCCUCUUCAUUCACCGUGUUUGCAUGUUGCAGAAGGACCACAUCUUUGUCCAGAAGCUGCUUUGUCAAACAAGGCAAGCGCUAAAAUAACUUUUGUAGAUGUAGCCAUCUUGUUGCUGCCUCUGAUUUUGCUUUUUUCCGACUUGGUAACUGAAGUGAUGGUAACUCGGUUGUGACAUCAUUCCCAGCUCCGACAUCUGACUUCCAAGGUAACUCGAACACACCAUUAUUAUUAGUGCCUCUGGGUGUUGAGUCUGUAGCCUGGCAACACUAACAUGCAAAAGAUCGCAUGGAAUUUCUGCAGUUGAUUUGGGUGGGAUGCUAACAACUGUUUAGAUAUGACUAAAUUCUCCUGGAACAUAAUAUGGCCAAAGAGCAACUGCCAACAGUUCAAUAUCUGGAUAACACAACUUCUCCUUGAGAGUUAUGUGUAAAGGGUUCCAUCAUCUCUGGUUGACAUAUAAAGCCAGACCUCCUCUUUUCUUCUUGCCACUAGCUUGAGCAUCUCUGUCUGACCUUAUGAGAGUGAAGCCAGGUAGAUCCACACUGGAGUCCGAUUUGAUUCAACCAGGUUCCAGUAAAACACAGGAGACUGCACUCACGGUAUGCUUUCUCAGUCUUCACCAAUAUCUCCAGCUCAUCACUUUUGUUGGGCAGAGAGUUGACAUUUCCCAUGAACAAAGGUUUUAUGGGCUCUAUUUUCUCUGCCUCGCCGGAGACGUGUCGCAGGCACGGCGUAAGUCAGGUCCACCGCGCCGACAAGGCGUUCCCAAGCACAAUUUGGUAUUUUGGUGAGCGUCGCAGCCCGGCGUAAGUAUCCCCCCUCCCUAACUCAGCUCCUCCCAACGACGCAAGUCGUUGCGAGGGAGGAGAGAGGGCGUGGAGUGAGUUUAACACAGCCAAGACCAGUUUUCACCAAUCACAUAAGCUCCUCUCCUUGCCUUUAAAUCCGCCACUGGCGAGGCGUAUUACUAUUUUCGUGAAGUAGUCAGAGAACUCAAGAGAUGUCUGAAGACAGUAAUGCCACAAGAUGGCGACAGAAGGCAGCUCCUCAACAAGUGUCAAUGUAAGGGCUGCAUUGGGCGUCCUCCACACUCUCUCAUAUGAGCACAGAUGGAUUUGGUGUGUGUAAUGUUGGACCCAGUGGUAAGAAAAAGACCCUUUUCCUCUAAUUUAGACACUCACAUAAAGUUGAAUAUAUUCAAACCUCACGUGACAAAGGUGGGUUGUGCGCACAGAUCACACCAUAAACUCCAAAAAUGGCAUUAAAAUCGGAACCAUGUGUGCGUAAAUGACGCAUUGCGCUCCGUGGCCUGGCUCUUUCUUUCAUAGAUGUUGGCAUAUAAAAUAAAUUUGACUCACAAAACUGAAUAUUAUAAUAUCCGUAUGUAGGCUUAAAGUGAAAAACUCAUCUGAGCACUGAAACAAAUCAUCUGUUCAGCCGCAGCUGCUGCAGGACGGAGAGAGGACACGAAGACAUGUCCAGGUCGAGCUGCGCAAGAAAUAAGAGGAAGAGGAAGAAAGAAAAGGAGGGAGACGAAUUACAUAUCUAGUUAACUUCAUCAUGUGUGUUUAUUUACUAGAUAUUUAAUUUGAUUUAAUGCGGUUUCAGCUGUGUUGAUUCGGUCAGGUUGUGUGUCCAAACGCGUGCCAAACGCGCUCAUCAGAUCAGAUAUAGAUCAGAAUAUAUCUAUAAAGAUCUAAAUGUAUGUGCUGACUCAGAUUAAUUGUUGUUGAUGAUUAUUUAUUGCACUGAAAUGUGCCUGACACUGUGAAAACCUGCCGGUGAGGCAUCGGUGACGUACGUCGAUACGCCGCCGGUCAACCAAAAUACCACUAGACCAGCUGCGCUCUGCCUGCGCUGAAAGCUGACCAAGUUUGAAUCUGCGAGCUUUCAGCGCACUUUACACGCCACUGGCGAGCACGAAAAUGUCACUGCGCCCGCUGAUUCUGUCGACACCUCCCCCUGCCACGCCACCACACCCAGCUUGGCGGAUCUUGGUUCGCUUCCGUGCGCCUCAGUCCACGAAAAUACCAAACUGGCUGUACGCCAGGCUCCGCCAGACUAAAAUACAACUGCGCGGGGUCUGCCACCCUCCGUCGCCUCACCGGCGGACAUGAAAAUAGAGCCCCUUAUCUCCACCUCCCAGCAUUCAGCUUUGCCUUCACCUUUGCCCCAGCACAGCAACCAUGUCAACACCUCCUGAUGUCCUCUUGAAUUGUAUGUUGUUGUCCAGAUUUGGUUUUUCUCAAUGAAAAUUGCUCUUCUCUUGAGCAAACUCUUCGCCCAGCAGAAGUAUCCAUCAACAGCCACAAAAAAAACCAACAAAAAUAUGAAAAAUAUAUUGUAAAAAUUACAAAAAUUUCAGAUAAUACAGAGACCAGACUUGCAGCAACCUCUUGGUUCAAGUGCAUCAUUUUAUUUUUAUUUAUUCAUUUAUCAACAUGAAGCAAAAGUUCCUUACAGCAGCUUUAAAGUGUAUAUUCAUAAUAGUGUAACUGUUGUAACUUAAUGACACAUUUGAUAUUUUGAUUUGAUUUGAUAGUUGUAAGAGAGCAGUAUGAUACAUGACAAAAAAGAAACCUGCUGAUUCAGGGAAGCAGCAGAAUCAGCAAACGAUAAAAGGUACUGCUUUGUUGGGUGCUAGAUCAACACAAACCAAAUACAAGUGCUUUGUUCUUCUGGAUACAGAUAUAUCUGUUUUUUUGGCUGCAUCCAACACAAAUCAAAACACAUGACUCUUAAAAAACUUUGUUCCUCCUGUCCCCCUCCUUCUUGCAGUAAUCCAAAUACAUUCGGGCAGAGUCUGACCAUGUAUGCAGCACCUAACUCUGUCUCAUAUCUGUGGGCUAGCCUUUUGUCAUAUAUAUCAUGACUAGGGUAUGAAUAAAGCAGCAAUUGUCUUCGGCCAAAAUUAUCUCUGCCAUAGUGGAGGUUGUCAACACAUUGAUCAUCUGUCUGCCCAGAGAUAAAUGACUCUAGAUUAUAGUCAUUGAACCUUGAGGGGGUGAUUUAUUGUGUCUCAUCAAGGUUUGAUACCAAGUCUUAGUGGAGACCAUGGGCUCUAUUUUCGUGUACGCUGGUGAGGUGACGGAGGGCGGCGGACCCCGCGCAGUUGUAUUUUCGUCUGGCGGAGCCCGGCGUACAGCCAGUUUGGUAUUUUCGUGGACUGAGGCACACGGAGGUGAACCGAGAUCCGCCAAGCUGGGCGUGGUGGCGUGGCAGGGGAGGUGUCGACAGAAUCAGCGGGCGCAGUGACAUUUUCCUGCUCGCCAGUGGCGUGUAAAGUGCGCUGAAAGCUCGCCGAUUCAAACCUGGUCAGCUUUCAGCGCAGGCAGAACGCAGCUGGUCUAGUAGUAUUUUGGUACACCUGUGGCAUAUUGGCAUACGUCACCGAUGCCUCACCAGCAGGUUUCCACAGUGUCAGGCACAUUUCAGUGCAAUAAGUAAUCACCAAGAACUAAUAAUCUGAGUCAGCACAUACAUUUAGAUCUUUAUAGAUAUAUUCUGAUCUAUAUCUGAUCUGAUGAGCGCGUUUGGCACGCGUUUUGACACACAACCUGACCGAAUCAACACAUCUGAAACCGUAUUAAAUUAAAUUAAAUAUCUAGUAAAUAAACACACGAUGAAGUUAACAAGAUAUUUAAUUUGUCUCCCUCCUUUUCUUUCUUCCUCUUCCUCUUAUUUCUUGCGCAGCUCGACCUGGACAUGUCUCUGUGUCCUCUCUCUGUGCUGCUGAUGCUGCGGCUGAACAGAUGAUUUGUUUCAGUGCUCAGAUGAGUUAUUUACUUUAAGCCUACAUACGGAUAUUAUAAUAUUCAGUUUUGUGAGUCAAAUUUAUUUUAUAUGCCAACAUCUAUGAAAGAGCCAGGCCACGGAGCGCGAUGCGUCAUUUACGCACAGAUGGUUCCGAUUUUAAUGCCAUUUUUGGAGUUUAUGUUGUGAUCUGUGCGCACAACCCACCUUUGUCACGUGAGGUUUGAAUAUAUGCAACUUUAUGUGAGUGUCUUAAUUAGUGGAAAAGGGUGGUUUUCUUACCACUGGGUCCAACAUUACACACACCAAAUCCGUCUGUGCUUAUGUGAGAGAGUGUGGAGGACGCCCAAUGCAGCACUUACAGUGACACUUGUUGAGGAGCUGCCUUCUGUCGCCGUUGUGUGGCAUUACUGUCUUCAGACAUCUCUUGAUCUCUCUGACUACUUCAUGAAAAUAGUAAUACGCCUCGCCGGUGGCGGAUUUAAAGGCAAGGAGAGGAGCUUAUGUGAUUGGUGAAAACUGGUCUUGGCUGUGUUAAACCCACUCCAUGCCCUCUCUCCUCCCUUCGCAAAGACUUAAGCCGCUGGGAGGAGCUGAGUUAGGGAGGGGGGAUACUUACGCCGGGCUGUGCCGUUCACCAAAAUACCAAAUUGUGCUUGGGAAUGCCUUGUCGGCGCGGCGGACCUGACUUACGCCGCGCCUGCGACACGUCUCCGGUGAGGCACGAAAAUAGAGCCCCAUGUCUUUUGGUGUGAACCAGCUAUGUUGUGGCAAAAGGCUUUACUAUGAGGUCUGAGGUAUUAUCUAGACCACAAUCUUAUCUUUGGAGUUGGCUUUGUUGUCAUUUGCUGACAUUUUCAUGAGAAUCCUGCUUAAACCAAAAAUCUGAUACAGCUGCUUGUGAGGUACUUUCAAUCAGAACACUGUUUCGGUUAGUCUGUAUAGACUUUUAUCAUAAAAAGUCCUUUAUUAUAGUGUAACCAUGCAGCCUGAAGUUUACAGUGAGUUUGUACAUGCAGGGUUCCUAAAGUAUUGGAAAGUAUGGAAAUAAAUUUGAUCAAUUUCCAGGUCUUAAAAAGUAUGGGAAAAAUACCUACAUUUCUAGACUAUUACCAUCCAUCCAUCCAUCCAUUUUCUACCGCUUACUCCCGUUCCCGAGGUCGCGGGGGGGAUGGAGCCUAUCCCAGCAUCUUCGGGCAAAGGACACUUCCAAACUAUAACCACAAUUCUAAAAUACUAUUUUCUAAAUUAGAAAAGUAGGUAUUUCCAAAAAAUUCCAACUGUGUAGGAACCGUGUACAUGUACUUUACUCCUUGAAUUAAUUGCAGAAUGAAUGAGUUUUUAAACUUUUGGUUUUAAGUGCAGUUAGAAAACUGUAGUCAUACACACAAAAACUGGCAAACAAUGGGGGGAAAAGCCUUUCAGUUGAGAAAUAAAUGACAUUGUAAACUGCUUAUAUGGCUUCAAAAGGAAAUUUAGGAACUUGGUUUUUUCAAUCUCGCUUUUGAUUUUACAUGAUUUCAUAGCCUCAAGUCAACGUCUUUAUCUAUGUGUCUUGAUCAACUAUUAACCAAUUUUAACUUAUUUUUUUUAUAUUAUUAAUUUCCUGCAGUUAUUCUUUUUCAUUUAUUUAUUUUUAAGUUAUUAUUUUUGUUACAGUCUUCUUUCUGGUCACAGUCUAAUAUGAUAGCAGUAUCAUAAAUCUCACCCUCUGCUUUUUUUGUGCUUUUCUUCAGAUGAGCACCAUGCCUGGUCUGCCCACCCGCCCAUGUUUCUAUGACAUCGACCUCAACCCAGCCACAGGGGAGAUCAGUGGUCUCUUCUGAGCUUGCUCUAGGUAAUUGCAUACAGACACGUAUUCUCUCUUGUUGCCUCAUUAAAUAGACCAUUCAAAUCAUCUGAUGGAGCUUUUACUAUAUUCCGCUAUCAUUAGGAAUAUUUCACAAGUAGCCUUUGUCUCUACUGUUUGUUAUAUGAGACUUAAUUUCCUCUCUUGAGUUUAUUACUUCCUUUGCUCAGUGCCAGGGCUCCAGCCUGUAAGCCUUUUACGUACAUUGAAUUGUCUUUCUUUUUUUCUCCCUUCUCAGAACUGUCAGCUUUAUCUGGGCAUCUCUCAACCUUUCCCACGUAACAUUAAUGUUCUGGAAAAGAAAUACAUCACUGAAAAAUCAGCUUUACACUGUAUUUGCACAUCUGUGCUAAUCCAAAGAUGACCUCGUACAGCUAUGUUGUGUGCCUCUUAAUUUUGUGUUUUAAUCUCUCUGUACAAGGUUUUUUGUGUAUGGAAAGUCAGUGUAUUCAAACCAUCUCAAAUCUUACUUGAAAGGUACCUUUUCAUUUAAAUAUGAUUCCUCUAACUUCUUUCAUUGGUUAAAAAAAAAGAGUGAUUAUUCGUCUUAUUAUGGUGCUACAGUCUCUUUCUGUGCCUUAAGUGUUAUAAUUGAAAAGCUGACUGCUUGUUUCUUUACUGACAUGUAUUAACUAAAUUGCUUUUGUAUGCACAAAAAGCUUUUAUCUUCUGAGUAGAUGCUGCUGCACUGCCUUGUAUCAAAACACUACAAGUUAUUGGUCUUAAACUACUGCAAAUAUUUAAAAAAACAUUUCCAUUUUAUUAAUGUUAAAAGUCUCACAUUCUGCAUUUUCCAGAGUCAUGGUUACGAUGGUUAUUUUCCUGGCCUCUCAGCUACUCAAAUUUGUGGGUUUUUUCUCUGAGAAAUAGCAUCUUUUCCCUCUUAAUUCUGUAUUUUGAAAAUGUUUACAAUUUUUUAUGAUUCACCAUUUGAAAAUGUUUUGUCUUGAUGUAGGACCAGAUGUACCCAUGCUUUUGAUUUUGUCAGCUGGCCAUGUUCCAAUCUUGUUUUGAUUAUCAAAAACAAACUUAAUUACCAUCCGGUUUCUGUGUGUCCUGACCCAUCACUUGAUGCAAUUAUUAAUGGAUGGACACAAUUGAGUAACAGAAGCUAUUGUUUAAUGGAAUUGAUGCUAAGUUUUGUCAGACAAGCUGUUCACCAAAUUCAUUGUACCUGUGGGAAACCAGGGUACAAGUAAUUUUUUCUCACUGUUUGUUUAACAUUUCAGUUUUCAUGCCAGAAGCCUUUUAAAUAAACCUUUUUUAUUAACUCUGAAA